AUGAAACGCACAGGUAAAUUCAUGUCAUUAACUACUUACAGAGGAAUUCACGAUGUGACCUCAUAAAGAUAAAUUGCGUUCAGGGUAGAUUUUGUUAUCCAUUAGAAUUUAGAUUUGUAGAUAUACUAUGCAAUAUUUGCACAUUUGAAACUAUCCUACGCAAUUAAUUCUAUCCAACUCGGCCUUCUGUAAGCUGACAUGAUACUUGAUCUUCUAAGUGUCCACAAUUUAUCAAUUCAUUUAAUACCAAUUGUAAAUGAAAGAAAUACAAAAGAGUAUGUUAUUAUUAACAUUUUGAAUCUCCAGCAACAGACAUAUAUACUGAUAACAGCAAAUGUUCUUCUAAAGCAACCUUCGGCACUCCAGAUGUGGACUACAUCCCCCAUAAUGCUCUUACAUCCAUAAUGCUGGCAAAGCAUUAUGGGAGCUGUAGUCCAAUACAUCUGGAUUGCUGUAGGUUGCCUAUGCCUAUUCUAAAGAGUCACAUAUUGACUUAUAAUGUGAGUCAAGGUAAUGUAAGACGGCAAUGAACAUUAUAAGUCAUCAACUCAAACUGGAAAAGAUGGGGACCAAGAAUUUAAUACACAUUAAAAACGAUAAUUCACCGGGGUGUCAUCGAGGCUAUAGCUGUGCAACACUUCUACUCCUUUUAUUGCUAGACUUCAACUCUUUUCACUUCUGAGCUCUGGUUAACGGUGGUGCAUGUUGUAUCACAUUAACCUCUGUAAGGAUACAUUCUUUCUUCCGGUUCUUUAAAUAAAGCAGGGAAAAAACUGCUUUAAAUAACUGCUGCCUUAUUUCUACAGAUAUUUGCUUUAGUUGUACUAUGCAAUUCCAGUUUAGUAACUAACUAAUGUAUAUUCCACCGUUUGCUGUCAGAACAUGUCAUUUUUUUUUGUGUAAAACUUUAUUAUAUAAAGGCAGUAUAAAAGUGACCACAGUGUUUUCAUAUUCAUUAUUGGGCAAUUGUGAGUGUGUUUUGAAAAUGCGAUCUGUUAGAUCAUUGUAAUUGUGUAUGUGCACCCUAGCCUUUUCAUUUUCUGUUUUCCUCAUUAAGAGGUCUGUUUAUUCUGGGUGAUAAACAAUAAGUGGUUCAUUUCAGAACAAUUCACUUUUAUUCAAGUGAACUACAGUUACAGAUUCCAGAGAAUUUUUGUAGCAAAUAGUAUGCUGCAGCAAAGGGGAGGAGUCAGUCACAGCAAGGGGAGGUGUGGCCCAGGCUGCAUAAAUAAAGUGAUUUAUAAAUGACAGAGAACUGAGUAUUACGACUGUGGUGUCAUCUAUACACCAAAACGACCUUAUUAAAGGACCACUAUAGUGCCAGGAAAACAUACUCGUUUUCCUGGCACUAUAGUGCCCUGAGGGUGCCCCCACCCUCAGGGUCCCCCUCCCGACCGGCUCUGGGGAGAGGAAAGGGGUUAAACUUAACUUUAUUCCAACUCCGGGCAGGGAGCUCUCCUCCUCCGAUCCUCCUCCUCUCCUCCCUUUCGGCUGAAUGCGCACGCGCAGCAAGAGCUGCGCGCGCAUUCAGCCAGUCUCAUAGGAAAGCAUUUACAAUGCUUUCCUAUGGACGCUUGCGUGUUCUCACUGUGAUUUUCACAGUGAGAAUCACGCAAGCGCCUCUAGCGGCUGUCUAGUGGCUGUCAAUGAGGAUCUGAGGGCUGGAUUAACCUAUUUAUAAACAUAACAGUUUCUCUGAAACUGCUAUGUUUAUUAAAAAAAAGGGUUAAUCCUAGAGGGACCUGGCACCCAGACCACUUCAUUAAGUUGAAGUGGUCUGGGUGCCUAGAGUGGUCCUUUAAACUAACGCUAUUUUAAUGCUUAGAAUAUCUCUUUAAAACAUACACUAUAGGAGUGGUUUUCCACCAAAGUAUACCACAAACACAUUUACUUCAGGGCUGUAAUUAUUGAAUGCAGUCCUUAAUAUGUAUUUGUGUGUGUGUGUGUGUGUGUGUAUGGUUUGUUUUUAAAUGUGUCAGCAUUAAAAUUGGGAUUCCUAUCUGUCAAUUCCUUAAAACUAGUACUUGAGAUUGGCUAGAAGUUAUGUUUGAUAAGUAUCCUUCUAGUAAUGCUUCAAGUACAUGUUACAUUUAUAACUUGCUGAUGAAGAUUAAAGCAAUAAUAAAAGUUGGUGUGCUCUUGAAAUUCUUCGCUCUGUGCACCUUGGUGCAAAAAGAUUGGGACAAUGCAUAGGUACUGCAGUAAGGAGGUGGAGAGUAAGAAGCAGAGAUAAAUGUCCGAUUAGGGUGUAUUUCAUAAGCAGUGUAUUGGAGAAAGUCCACAACUACUAGCAAAAUGAAGGCUAAAAUAGCAAAGUUCAUAAUGGAAACUGAUACAUUUAAGACCAAUGCGAUCUAUAGGAAUGUUAAUUAACUCUUAAGCCCUGCUUAUGUAACACCUCUAAAGCUAAUGGUUUUAUUCACAGAGGUCUGUUUAAUGCAUCGUCUACUCUUACAGAAGGUUUAAAUACCUCUAAUACCUCUGGUUAGGAGGUUGUUCUCCCAGCUGUUGAUAAUUGCAAAUCCCAUGAUCAUUUGGCAUCCUCUCAGUAAGAAAGGCAUGGGAGGUGUAGUUCUGAAAAACCUAGGAAUCUUCUUUUUUGGCCACCUCUGCUCUAAACCCUGGUUUCUCAAACUCCACAGGCAGGUGGUAUGCCAAGAGCUGGCUGGCUGCCACCUUUGAGUUCCCCAGGAUGUGGCCAGUUGGGGGAGAAUGGAGGCAUAGGCAACAAGGGAGCUGUGUUCUGCUUGAUCUUUCAGCACUGCUCCCACUUGCGCCCUCUGGUGAAACCAAGAGCCGGGUUAUGACAUCACUCCAGCCACUUCAUCACUAAUCAGUGCACAAAGGAUCAGUUCUGGAAAAGUACACAAGGCCCCCACACUGGACCUCAGUGUAAGGUUCCUCGCUGGACUCUAAGGAAAUGAUCCACUCCAGCUCUCCUAAAGGUAGAGAGGCUGAGUGAAUUGAAAUAAAAAUAAUUUGUGUGUGUGAGAGCAUGUGUAUGUGUCUAUAAGUGAAUGUGUGUGUGUGUGUUUUUAAAUCGGUGAGCUUGUGUUUGUCAAUCCUAUGUAAAGUAAUAGAGGUCCAGGCACUCCUUGGUUCAAGACAGGCACUUUAUUAGGAACCACAACAGCAACGUUUCGACACCAAGAGGUCUUUGUCAAGGUCUGUUGUGGUUCCUAAUAAAGUGCCUGUGUUGAACCAAGGAGUGCCUGGACCUCUAUUACUUUACUAAUGUUUGGAAAUCUGGUGUUUGAUUCCGGCUCAGCAAGCACCCUGGCUCAGAUUUGUGGGAGUGAGUGCAGUUCCACAUAUACUAUUCAAGGUUUGUCAAUCCUAUGUCCUAUGUGUGUAAAUGUGUGUGUGUCAGUUUCCUUGUGUGUGUGUUUGUGUCCUCCUGUGUGUAAAUGUGUGUGUGCUCAUCAGUAUCCUCUGUGUGUAAAUGUGUUUCAGUGUUCACUGUGUGUGUGUCAUUGUCUGUAUGUAAGUGUGUGUGUCUGUCAGUGUGUCAAAUUAAGUGUGUAUUAUAUUUUCAUGUUGUGCCUUUUAUACUUCAAAUGAAUAGUUCGUACACUCAUCCUUACAUACAUAAUCACAUUAUGUCCAAAAUUUCUUUUAAAAAUAUUCUUUACUACCUUUAAUCAGGCUUGUUCUCAAAUAUGGGAUUAACUUAAAUAUCCAUGUCUACACGUUUCAUUUAAAAUUUAAAUCAAUAUAAAUGACUUUUUCUCGAGGCAGGGGUAUUUAGGAUUUAUUUAUUUUUAGACCUGCAUGGGUACUUUUAUGUAAAGGGUUACGAAAACACUGCUCUAAGCCAUAGAAAUAAAACUGAAAAAUUACUAUACUUUUUGAAAUCAGAGACCUUUGAAUUAACUCCACUCUAGACCACUAAACAAUUUUAGCUUGCUGAAAAGCUUUGAAGAGUGUGUCCUCUGUUUUUCAAUAGAAAUUAACACUUUUAUAAAUCAACAUUGUGACAGAUCAUCCUGUCACCUACGGAUUGUAAUGGACUCGCCAACCACCUAUCUACUCCUGAGGGAGCUAUAUUCACAAUAUUUUCCCUUCGCAGCUGUACCACCACUCCAGCGCCUUUACUGGUGGCCUUCUACAAGAUCAUAGACCUGCAGGGAGGCUCCUGAGGCAUGACACGUCUGAACAAAAGCAACCUCCAAAAAUCCCGGAACUCUGGCUCGGAUUGCGGAUCAUCCAAGGUUCACUAAAACUUUGUCCUGAAGGCUCUUCAUUCCAGAGCCACCUAGCAGGGUGCUUUUUGGAGGGGCGAUAGAGGAGUUGGUAUGGCAUCUAAGGAUACCCAGGACUUGGGGGAGCUACAAGGAUUCACGUAAAGCACCGAUGUUUUGGGUGUCCACCCAGCCUCAUGGAACUCUGCACUGGAAAUGAGGCUAGCCGUGGCCUGCUGAAACGUUUACUUCCAUCCAAAUCGGGAUGGGCACCUCUGAUCUGAGCGCUUUUUAGACAGAGUAGGUGCUCCAAAGAGAAACUCCUGGGGACAUCAUUGGUUUGGGGAUGUGGGCAAGGAAACCCCAUGUUUUAUGUGAAAUUGUGUAUUUCGCCGAUGUGUCUGGGCGAUAAGUAAAUAACCUGCUCAGGUACAGACACCUAGGAACCAGGUAUGUUACAAUCCUCAUUGUUCUCCUGGGGACCUCUUGUUGAGGACACAGGUACAAAAGCGUGUGUUUUUCCUGAUAAAACCAGUUCUUUACGACACUAAGUCUUGGCUAGUGAUUAGGAUGAAUUUGCUAAACAGGUAUAACACUGGGAUAUACUGGUAGCAAUAAACAAUAAGGGAAAGGGCAUCCUUAGCCCUGCCUGUCAAUUAGAUAACUGACAAUAUAACCUCCUUGUUUGGUUAGCUCAGUGGAACUAAACUCAAAAGGCAGCAACUGCCUAAAGCAUCUGCCUUGCAAAGAUUUCUCAUAGAGCUGCAUUGGGAAGUCUGUGAUUGGACAGCUACAUAGUAUUAGCAGGGUUUGAAUGGGAGGGCUUGCAAAGGCAGUAGACAAGAGAUUUGCAUGUAUUUAGAUUUACCCCCGAUGAAAAAAAAAUGCAUAAUUAAAUGCAUGCAUGUUUUCAUUUGGGUACAUCUACUAAAUAAUAAUUUUUAUUUAUUUUUUAUUUGUGUAGUAGAGUGUCCCUUUAAGCCAAAACUCUAUCAACAUUGAACUUUUCAGUAGAUGAUUUGUAUUCAUACUGAUCAACAAAUUCUCAUGGAUGAGUGUGUUUUUACCUAACUUAGAAGUGGACUAAGACCACUUGGGGCCCCAGGAAAUAUUUACAGUAACAAGGUUAUCUAGAGCCAAUAUAUACAAUCAUUACACUAUUUUAAGUACUCAUUUAAAUUAAGACCACAUUAAGUAGCACCACGAAAAUCUUGUGAAAACAAACUUAAAUAAUUAUUAAUUUUAUUUGGGUGCUCAAAAACAAAUGUUUCCUUAAUGGAAAACCACACUUUUCCCCCCUCAUAUUUUCUGUUUAUAUUGUCCUUUUUUCCCAAAAUUGUCAGAUUGCCAUGUUUAAUGGGGACAGAUAUAAAAAUGUAAUGCAAUUAAAUAAGCUGUAAAUGUAUUCUUUAUUCUCCCUUUCCUACUUUUAAAAAAAAGUUUUAAAACCCAUGGUCCCACUGACGGUGAUCAACUAGUGAGGUGUUCGGAUGUGACUGGUGACAAAACUCCCAGAAUGCUUAGCACAUAGCAAGAUUUUCCCGCCAAAUCCUGAAUUUCAUGAGGAGCAACAUGAGAAACAGUUGUGUGACAGGCAUGAAAUGAGAGAGAGAGUGUCAGCUCUGUGCCAGGUCUGGGCUGUGUGUGAGAGAGUGUCAGCUCUGUGCCAAGCCUAGACUGUGUGUGAGAGAGUGUCAGCUCUGUGCCAGGUCUGGGCUGUGUGUGAGAGAGUGUCAGCUCUGUGCCAAGCCUAGACUGUGUGAGAGAGAGUGUCAGCUCUGUGCCAGGCCUAGACUGUGUGUGAGAGAGUGUCAGCUCUGUGCCAGGUCUGGGCUGUGUGUGAGAGAGUGUCAGCUCUGUGCCAAGCCUAGACUGUGUGAGAGAGAGUGUCAGCUCUGUGCCAGGUCUGGGCUGUGUGUGAGAGAGUGUCAGCUCUGUGCCAAGUCUGGGCUGUAUGUAAGGGAGUGUCAGCUCUGUGCCAGGUCUGGGCUGUGUGAGAGAGAGUGUCAGCUCUGUGCCAGGCCUAGACUGUGUGAGAGAGAGUGUCAGCUCUGUGCUCCCUAGGUCUGGGCUGUGUGAGAGAGGGUGUCAGCUCUGUGCCAGGCCUAGACUGUGUGAGAGAGAGUGUCAGCUCUGUGCCAGGCCUAGACUGUGUGAGAGAGAGUGUCAGCUCUGUGCCAGGCCUAGACUGUGUGAGAGAGAGUGUCAGCUCUGUGCCAGGUCUGGGCUGUGUGUGAGAGAGUGUCAGCUCUGUGCCAGGUCUGGGCUGUGUGAGAGAGAGUGUCAGCUCUGUGCAAGCCUAGACUGUGUGAGAGAGAGUGUCAGCUCUGUGCCAGGUCUGGGCUGUGUGUGAGAGAGUGUCAACUCUGGGCCAAGCCUAAGAGACUGUGUGAGAGAGAGUGUCAGCUCUGUGCCAGGUCUGGGCUGUGUGUGAGAGAGUGUCAGCUCUGUGCCAGGUCUGGGCUGUGUGUGAGAGAGUGUCAGCUCUGGGCCAGGCCUAGACUGUGUGAGAGACAUAUUCUGUGUCAGACCUGGACUGGAAAGUGUGAGAUACAUACUCUGUGUCAGGCCUGGACUGGACUGUGUGAGAGACAUACUCUGUGUCAGACCAGGCUUGUGUGUGUGAGUGAGAGACAGCUUUCGCUGGGCUUUUACUGUGUGAGUGAACUUAAUCUGUACCAGGACAGCCAUCUGCCAUGAGCUGGGCCCACCGUGUGUGUGAGAUGAGAGAGGCUGCCUUGGUGUACAUGGACAGGAGUGGAGGUCUGGAGAACUUUAUCCAGGACUGCAAGAAAUACAAUGGUACAAAGCCUACAAGACAAAUUAACUACAUGUUUAUAGAGUGGAAAUCUAUGUGAAAAUUCAAAGAUAUAAUACUGUACAAAAAAUGCUUGGAACAGUCUUUCUUUGGAAGUGGCAAGAGAGGGGACCUGAUCAAACCUGAUCUAACAAAGAUCUAACAAAUGGAAUAAUCUUUUGUUAAAAUUCUCAAUAUGGGGGGGCUAACCCGGGGGUGGUGCAGUGCCAGGCACUGGAGAGUCCCUUUAAUAGGGAAUUAUGGAGUGGGUGACAGCAUUGUAACAUGGGUGUGUAGUGCAAAAGCAAAUACAAACAUACAAAAUAAAACUCCCACUACUACUGGGCGGCAACAAUGGCUUUAAUACACAUGGGCUCCAGGGAGAAUUCCUUCCUACUUCUGUUAGCUCCCCUUCAUUAACGGAAAUGGUAGGCACGCGCUACUUGAGCGUGCCAGCCUCCCCCUUCCUCACAUGGCGUGCGUGCAUGUUGUGGCGCGAGUGUGCACGAGCCGGCUCACGUGUGCACGUGGGAACCAAGUCAAUGAGAAGCCUCUGAUUGGUUAUUUCAAUGUGAAGAGACUGAAAGUCUCUUCUGGGAGAAAAGGGGGAGGAACUUACAAAGGCUGCAGUCACAAGAACUGCAGAAUUUGUAAUCUAUUUUAGACUUUUUAUAUAUAAAAAUAUGCAUGCAUGUAUUAAUUGGGGGCAUAUCUACUAAAUUGUGGGGGUGAGUUGGAUAAGUGGAGUGGUCCUUUAAUGAAUCCGUUUUGGUGUAUAGAUCAUGCGUCUGCAGUCUAACUACUCAAUUAUCUGCCAUUUAGGAGUUAUAUAUAAAUGUUAUAUAUGUUUAUGCAGCCCUAGUCACACCUUCCUGCAUUUGACUCACACAACCUUCCUAAACAAAUCUUGUAAACUUAGUUUUUAUGCUUACACUUCCUUUAUUGCUUAUUUUGUUUAAUUUAGAAUAUCAUAUUCACUGCAUUGUUAAUAAUCUGCUAGAUCCCGCAGGAGCCUUGUAUGUGUGAUUAAAGUUCAAUUUACAGAGUAGAAGAUAAAAACUAUUAAAAUGAGUUAACAUCUGAAUAAAAAUGAAACCAUUUUUUUAUCAUGCAGGCUGUGUAAGUUACAGCCAGGGAAGGUGUGGAUAGGGCUGCAUAAACAGAAACAUGAAGCAGCAACCCCUUUCAUAUAUGUUUAGGAGCUUACAAUCAGAUUAAUAUAUAUAUAUAUAUAUUAUUAUGCUCUAGCAGCUAAAAGAAUAAUACAGUUGGUGCUAUUGAAUGUCAUACAGUGGCGUGCCUACCACGGUCACUCCAGGCCACACGUCGGACCCCUGCAACCGUGGGCCGCCUGCAUACCUCCUGGGCCAAUGCAUAGCCGCACCAACCCUGGGCCCACUCUUGCCAGCUGAGCUGUGCUGCUACCCUCCUGCUGGCAACCGAGGACCCUGGGCUGGUGCGGCUGUAGCUGGUAACCGCAGCUUUGAGCAGGGACAUGAGGACAGGGUGGAGGGGGGGUGGAUGUCGCACAUGCAUGGACUGGGGGUUGGGGAUGUCACACAUGCAUGGCCGUCUUUAACAUUGAUUGGACCCUGGGCAAGCAUUUGCUUGGGCCCCUUGGAUCCUGCCCCCCCUCCCCCUCCACACACACACUUCCACUCCCUGGCUUUCAAUCAUGCCCUCCACCCCAUCACAGUGGCAGAACUAAUGUAGAGUGGGCUCUGGUGCAAGACAUUUUUGGGGGGCCUGCACUCUAGCGCAAGAGUGGAAAAAAGAUAGAUCCUCAUCUGUUGUACAAUUCCAACAAUGCUAUGCCAGUUUCCUACAUGGUUCCCUACACAAUACUCAAGGCAUACCAGCAUUCCAGUUUGUUUCCGUAUCCUCAUGGAAACAAAUUCGGGAAUGCCUAAAUUCUGGACUGAUGGUAUGCCUUGGGAACUGUGUUAGGAACCAUUGCAUUAGAGAUCUGUGAGAUGGUUUGGUGUACAUACAUGUGACUCCCUGUAAUGAUCUAUCAUAUUUUUUUCUCCCGGUAGAAUCAACACACAGUUACACAGUUUAUCGCUUUGUAAUUUCUGUCAAUCCCAUGGAUGUCACAGAGUUGGAUGCCACUCUUGGAAACUACAUUUUGCAUGAGCCGCUGAGAGCAGCUUGGGUUUUUCAAUCGGUAUGCUAGUUUCAUGCAAUACUGUCCUUUUAAUGCAAUUAUAACUACAAAUAUUUCCUGUAUACGAUUGAUUAAGAUGUGUUUUGCAUCUUAGGUCUGUGAUACAGCCAUAAAGACUCUUUCAUUGAUUAGACAAUAUCAAACUGAGGGUCAGGUAAGUGGAAGAAUCCUGAAUGUAUCUAAAAAAUACACCAAAGCAGAUGUAUGUGAACUAUAUUUUCCAUAAUGAUAGGCCUACAGUAGGCUGAUUGGCCUGCAUGAUAAAUAGUUCACAAAGAGGACAUAAAUAUUAGCCAAUGCUGAACAAUGCCUUUGCUCAUAAAUUAGUCAGUAUUGUGAAAGUCAUAAAAUAAUUGUCCUGGCUCAUUCACACUAAUUUAGAAAAUUCAAAAAAGUGACCUAUCUGUGUGAAGAGUAUAAAAAUGGUACGAUCUACAUAUGCAUACAGGUUCAAGGUACAGUUUAUUGCCACAUAGAAAGAUAUUAAAGGGACACUAUAGUCACCUGAACAACUUUAGCUUAAUGAAGCAGUUUUGGUGUAUAGAAUAUGCCCCUGCAGCCUCACUGCUCAAUCCUCUGCCAUUUAGGAGUUAAAUCCCUUUGUUUAUGAACCCUAGUCACACCUCCCUGCAUGUGACUUGCACAGCCUUCCAUAAACACUUCCUGUAAGGGGCCUAUUUAGAGCUUUCUUUAUUGCAAAUUCUAUUUUAAUUAAGAUUUUCUUUAUCCUGUAUAUUUAAAAAGCACUAGACCACAAGAGCCUCCUGUAUACUGAUUAAUACAAAGUUCAAUUUAGAAUUGAGAUACAGUAUUUAAUUUAGAAUUCGGUAGAAAUUACUAAGAAGUGAGAGAAUACGCCCGUGUGCAGCAGUGGGGGUGCCAUGGCCAGCCCCCCGCCCCCCCAUGCUGCAGCCGCCCGAGCGCUCUGUAUUGAGCCUCAGGCGGCUGCAGCUUUGCCCGGGCGGUGUGUCCAUGAGGGCGGACCGCACCGCCCGGGCGCAGCCUGAGGAGAGGCUGACAGGAGGGAGUGCUCCUGUCAGCUCCCUCACUGCAGCAUUGAUAGUCCGCGGGUACAGAGAGCAGCUGUCUCCUGUACCCGGCCGGACUAACAGGAAGUGCACAGAGUGUGAAAUAGGAGAAGGGGGUGAAAAAGAGGAGAGGGGUGAAAAGAGGAGAAAGGGGUGAAAAAAAGAGGAGAGAGGUGAAAAAGGAGAAAGGGGUGAGAGAGGGGUGAGAAAGAGGAGAAAGGGGGGUGAGAAAGGAGGGAGGGUGAGAAAGGGGGGGUGAGAAAGGAAGUGAGAAAGGAGGGGGGGAGAGAAAGAGAAAGGAGAGGGGGAGAGAAAGAGAAAGGAGAGAGGGGGUGAGAGAAAUUAGGAGGGGGGAAGAGAAAUUAGGAGGGGGAAAGAGAAAUUAGGGGGGAGAGAAAUUGAAAUUAGAAGGGGGGGAUAGAAAUUGAAAUUAGGAGGGGGGAAGAGAUAUUAGGAGGGGGAAAGAGAAAUUAGGGGGGGAGAGAAAUUUGGAGGGGGUGAGAAAGAGAAAUUGGGAGGAGGAGAAGGAAAUUGGAGCGGGAGGAGAGAUUGACAUUCAUCACAUACACACAAUGCACCCCUUGCACACAGAAAAACACACAAUGCAUUACACACACAGACACACAUACACAAGCAAUGCAACCGUUACACACAAUGCAUCCCUUACACACACAGAAACACACAAUGCAUUCAUUACACACACUCAAUGCACCCCUUACACACAUUCAAUGCAUCCCAUACAUACACAGAAACACACCUUGCAGCCCUUACACAUACAAACACAAUUUCACACAAUGCAUUCCUUACACACAUAUCAGGACAUCCCCUACACACUCCACCCCCUGUGAACAAACUCAUUGGUGGAACAUGAAGGUGGACCCUGGGACCCAGACCUUGAGCUGUGUAAAGGACCCCCAAAAAAUGGAGCUGCUUCCCGUUCUCCCAGAACAUUGAUUUUUGUGACCACAGUUACAAACCGCCUCCAGAGAGCCUGUUCUGCACCAGACCAGUGGAGCCAGACUGCAGCUAGAGCCCAUCAUCAUCCUCAUCUGGUUGUAAGUAGGCAAUCUAGUAUAUUAUUCGUGGCACUAAUCUCUAAUUUACCUCACAUUAAAGAAACACUAUAGUCCCCAGAACCACUUCAGCUUAAUGUAGUGGUUCUGGUGUCUAUAGCCUGUCCCUGCAGGCCUUUUAAUGUAAACACGGCGGCACUGCAGCACUGGCGUUAGUUAACAUGGCAAAUCAUAUGGGUGGGGCAUUGUGAUGUCACAUGGGGGGGCGGCAAACUUUACUUUUGCCUAGGGCGGCAAAAAUCCUUGCACCGGCCCUGGCUGGAGGGGGCUGUGUGAGCUGUGGCCGCACAGUGUCCCAUGGUAGUUAUUGUGCCGUGCGGCCAGUACAGCUCACACAAGCAAACAGCUGAUAAACUGGCCGCACGGAGGAAAUGUGUAUGUGUGACUGUCUGCCUGUGACUGUAUGUGACUGUCUGUCUGUAACUGAGUGUGUGACUGUCUGCCUGUAAAUGUGUGUGUGGGGCUGCAGGGAUUUUGUAGAAGGGGGCGGGGGUUUUGUAUUGGGAUAGGAGUCUUUAUAAGGGGGGAUAAGCAGGGGAUUUGUGGAAGGGGGUUGCGGGGGUUUUGUAGACGAGGCAGUACAGGAUUUGUAGAAGGGACAGGACAGAGGUUUUGUAGGAGGUGCAGGACAGGACAAGGGUUUUGUAGGAGGGGCUGACAGCGGUUUUGCAAAGUUUACAAAUUGUAAAAAAAAUUUGCCAAAUGCUCUAGGUACGCCCCUGGGUAAAUUACAUCUGUUUGAAAGUGAAACCAGUUUUUUUUUUCAUGCAGGCUCUGUCAAUCAUAGCCAGGGGAGGUGUGGCUAGGGCUGCAUAAACAGAAACAAAGUGAUUUAACUCCUAAAUGACAGUGAAUUGAGCAGUGAAAUUGCAGGGGAAUGAUCUAUACACUAAAACUGACUAUAAUGUUCCUUUAAUAGAUAAAUGUUGGAAGACUUAAAAAAGUGCACAGCAUUAUAACUUACAGUGCAUGAAAGCCUUUGUAAAUAUAAAUUAGAAGAACUUAGAGUAAACAAUGAAUACAUCUCUAUAGAUUUAGCAAUACGCUACUACAUAUUAAGAUUUUCCAUUCUAGUUAGUUAGAAUUUUAUUAAACAUGGGCCAGCAGACUUCCCAAACGCUCUCUUUAGAGAAUGUUUUAAGAACACACAGUACCCAGGUUACUAGAUUGGAGCCCUUCUUCAUUCAUCACGUAGGGCUGUUGAAUUGGGCUAAGCAAACCCCUGGGCUCAAGGCAGCCACCUAAAUUCACCUUAUGAUUAAUCCUGUUCUGCCUCUCAUGCUAGCUAUGUUGCUACAUUAACACCAUGUGUUAGUGAAUUGGCAUGCUGUAAUCAAUGCAAAUACAUUAGCUGCAGGCAACAUAUCUGUUACAGAGUUUGAUUUUAUGUUGCAGGUUUCACAUUAUGGUGUUUUGUGUAAGGCAGUAUGUUUGUAUGUACCCAUCCAUCCAGUUCAGGAAAGCCCCUCAUUACUCUUAUUUUCAAUCCCUGGGAUGGUCCCAUGAUGUUACAUUCCUUAUUGCCCCUAUCCUUGUUUUUCUGCAUACAAUAUCACAGCCUAAUUCUAAUGCAGUCCAUGUAAUUUUUACAUAGUAGUAGUAAAGUUGGUUGAAAGACGAGCUUUUCAGUAGAUAGCUCUCUGAAACUGUAGGAAUUAGGGCACUAUCUACUUGGAUCUAAAUUUCAUUCAUUCAAAAAUGCACAAAUUUCAUCCUAACACAAAUGGACAAAGAUUUGACAUUUUGUCAGGACAAAUUUCAGUGCAUUUGCCAGAGUCCUGUCUUAAUGACAAGAUGUUCGAAUGGCGAAUGAAUCAAUGCCUGAACACAGGAGGACGGUGAGUAUUAUGGGAAAAUGUCUUUGACCAUAGGAAAUGAAGCAGACUUAAGCUUUGGUCAAAGAAGGUCAAGCGUAUGAACAAUAUACGUAGGCGUGCGCACGCGGUGUGCCGGCUGUGCCUGGGCACACCCUAAUCUAGGGUGCCCACAUGUCCCGGAUCGCCCGGGACAGUCCCACAUUUUGUGGGAAUGAGCUGGGCCCUAUAUUGGUGAAGUGGGGGCCCGCUGGCUUCCCUACUAUGCCACCACCUGCCCCCAUUUGCUGCCCGCCGGUGGAGAUGUGCGAGCGACAACCCUCCCUCCCUCUCUCCCUCCUCUCCCAGCGCUAUGAGGAAAUGAGGUCACACCUGAUGACGUCACUUCCUCCCAGUGCUCUUUGUGGACGGCCGCGUGGGAGGAAAGAGAGAGGAGCUCCCAGGACCAGGUAAGUGCAUGGAAUGAGGGAGGGGAAUGAAAUCUUUAUCAUGGAGUCACUAGUACUACUAGUGAUUCCACGAUAAAGAUUUCACCACCUUCCUCUCAGUGAGUCAGUAGUGGGGGGUGGACAUGAAAUUGAGGUGGGAGAAUGGACAUGAAACAUGAGGGGGAUAUGAAAUAUGAAAAAUUAAAACUAUAUACAUUAAAGGGACACUCCACUGCCCAAAUACAAAAUAAAUAAAAAUCAUUGUUUAGUAGAUAUACCCCAAAUGAAAACGUGCAUGCAUCUACUUAUGUAUUUUUUCAUUGGGGAUAUAUCUAAAAUCAGCUUGUAAAACCUGCAGUUCUCUUGUCUGCUGCCAUUGCAAGCCAUCCCCUUCUAAUCCUAGCUCAGACUUUCUGUGGCUGCCCAAUCACAGGCUUCCCAAUGCAGCUCAAUGAGAAGCCUUUGCAAGGCAGGUGCUCUGAUCAGUUGCUGCCUCUUGAAGUCAGCUGCAUUGAGCUAAUGUAACAAGGAAGUAACAUUACCGGUUGUCUGCUUGAAAGCCAAGGGGGUGUUACUAGGUUAAUUUAUAAAAGUGUCAAUUUCCAUUGAGAUCUGCAGUUUUUCAAAAUGAAAAAAUAGGACAAGCUAAAGUUGUUUAGGGGUCUGGAGUGACCCUUUAAAAAUGCACCAAAACGAUUAUCACUCAGUAAAUUUGGCUUCAACAGUUGGUGAUACUCACGAUGCACAAAUAGCACAUUUACAUACACAAACCAAUAAAUAAUUUGUUUGUGUCAAGAGGCUGAGUAGCCUGUGAUUUGAGUAUUCCCCGGCACAGACUGAAAGCAGCAGGUUAAAAACUUUAACAAGCUGUUUGUAGAUAGACUCCCAAAGAACAAAAUACUGAAUUAAAUACAUGCAUGCUUUCAUUUCUACUAAAUAAUGAUCCCUCCUCCCCCAGUGGAGUAUUCCUUUAACAAAUUAAUCACAAAAUUAUUAGUUUGCAAUGUAUUUAUUAAUCACUUAAUCAUUUAUUUUAAAGGCUUUAUGUAUAUAGCUUUGUUCUUUCUCAUCAGAUACAUGUGAUUCUCAAAUUAACCCAUUUACCUGAAUUACCAGGCUACCGUCUAAGCCUCAGUGACUUCCCUUUGGAUUAUAAAUCACACAGACUAUACAUGCUGGAAGGGGUUGUGACUGCUAUGACCACUGUGACAAAAUACACCCAGGGAGCUAGGUUUUUGUGUUCUGAUGCAAAAUGCCCAUAUUCUAAAGGUAUGAAUUUAAAGCAAUAAUAUAUAAAAAUUAUACCCAAAUAUCACGAUGAGUGUUUUCUCUUACUACAUAAUAUUUCCCUGGUUAUCCUUCUUUCUUAUAGUUUUUAACUAAUCCAACACAUUAAACUAUUCAUCAUAUAUCUGGUCUAAAUCUGAUCACUACAAACUCUAAUGUUUAUCUAAAUUGUGACGAUAUACCAUAUAUUAUUUUUACCAAGAUAAAUAUUUUGAGCUAGAAUUUUUCCAAAAUCCCUAGCAAUAUUACUUCUUUGGUAAGUUUGCUAUUCAGUGUUUAUUGAAAGUUAUAGAAAGUGGGGAAAAACACAUUACUAUAACAGUGAGGCUUAAAGUACAUCAAAACAACAGUCCAUAUUCACAAUACCCCAGAUAGGGAUGAAUGGGUAGUGUGGUACCCAGACAUGGGAGAGGGAGGCAUGAGAAAAAAGAAGACAAAAGAAAAUAGAAUGUAGAAAGAGAACCACCAGAAGGGGGAGACAAUCAGUGUCUGGUCUGCUAGACAUAAUAGGAAAAUAUCUUUAGACCUGAGUAAUCAGAAUCUACAAGGAUGUGGGUAAGGUGGAGAAAGGGUUAUAAUGACGAUGUAUAGAAUAAAGUUCUGGCGCUCAUAUGUUUUUAUUUUUAAUUUAUAUUACAUUCCUUGUUUGUAUUUAUUUAGCUAGAGCAGCAAAACUUGAGAUGAGUGUACCCUCUUUUAAUAUUAACAUAAAAUAUACAUAGGGAUUAAGGAGAGAGCGCAGGUAACUUUUUCUUUUCUUUGGUUUUUACUAUAUAUUGGGGCUGAUGUGUACUGUAGUCAUUGCUGCCGGCCCAGUAGUGAUGGGAGUGAACGCAGGACUUACCUUUUUGUAUUUGUAUUUACUUUGUAUCACACAGCCUUGUUACAAUGCUGCCGCCCAUCCCAUGUUUUCCUUAUUAAGGGUUAAUAAGUAUAUAGGGGUGUUUAUAAAAAAUACCCCUCUCUGUCUCAUUAGAGAUAUCUUUGCCAGAAGCUCAAGGAAGCAGGCUGAAGGGUCAGUGUAGGACCCGCUUUAGGGGGGUCUGCCUUGAUGUUGGCAGGCGGGCAUUCCCUCCAAUAGCCAUUGGAGCAACUAAAUGACCUCCAUUUGUCUACAUAUACAUAAGGAUUAAGGAGAGAGCGCAGGCAACUUUUUAUUUUCUUUAAUAUUAACAUGUUUAUUUUUUUUAAAGGGACACUCUAGACUCCUGAAGUAUUUCAGCUGGCUAAAGUGUGUAUAUGUGUGAAGAGUGUGUUCUUUCUUUGACGAUUGUGCAGAUUUCAGUAGAAAUUGGCACUUUUAUAAAUUAAUUUUGUUGCACCCCUCUGCUGUAAAUCAGACAACAGGUCCUAUUACUUCCUAGUUGUUUAGUUGAGCUACACUCAAGAGGCAGCAACUGACAGAGCACAAGACUUCUCAGUGAGCUGAAUUGGGAAGUCUGUGAUUGGACAGCCACAGAAAGUCUGGGCUGAGAAAUAAAAGGAGGGCUUGCAAAGUUUGCGGACAACAGAUCUGCAGUUUUUUGCAAGCUGUUUUUAGAUAUACAUUCAACGAAAAAAAUGCAUAAUUAAAUAUAUGCAUGUUUUAAUUGGGAGUAUAUCUACAGUGAAUAGAUUUUUUCAAAAUAUGUUUUUUAGGGGCAGUGGAGUAUCCCUCUAAGCUUUUUGUAUAGCGUAUUUGCUUCUUCAUGAUUAAAUGACACAAGGAAGGCAAAGUGAAAAUCAAAGAUUUUAUUACUGUCCAUAGCACAUAUAGGAAACUCUAAAUGAGAGGUUAUAGCACAUAUAACGUUAUUCACUAAAAUCCAAAUUGCUAAACUACGGCUAUAAAUAGUGAAACUAUGACUAAAGCUGAGCCCACGUUGCCUCUCCACCCUGGAACAGGAAAGGUAACUAGCUUUAUUCCCUCUCAGGGACUGGACGACACACUGUCCUGAGAGCUAUAGUCCUUUCAAGGACUUUCCCUGCUGAAUCCUACACAAGCUGGAACAAGAUGCUGAGCAGUGAAUAGUCCUUCCCCCUCCCAGUAACUAGACGACACAUAAUUCUGGGAGUACAACUGAUUUUUUUGAGCCAAACUUGGCCUUUUAUGCACAAACCCCAGCAGGGCGUCUCCAUUCAAUACAAUACAAGCUCCUCCCAGAGAUCCCUGUACCUGAGAGAUAACCGAGUUAAAGACCGGUAAGCUAAUUAUCUCCCAUGAACAGAGAUCAAAAACAUAACAUAAACGUACCCCAAAACAUAAUAAAAAUAUACACUAACCCCACAUGUCCUACUUACCCAACCAGCCCUAAACUGAGCACCAAAGUUGUCCAAAUAGUGCUCAGAUUCAUGCAGUGUAGGGGAAUCGCCACAGGGGCAAAGUUCUGACUAGCUGCACACGUGGUCCUAUGCCCAAAAUAGUUCCAGAACAAUAUGUGUUUUGACCGGUCAUACAGGGUGCUCUGCCUGGCUGUAAAUGAGCACUUAAAUGUGUGGGAAAAUGUACGUUUUUCCUUUUACCUUAAUGUAUAUAUCUGCUCAAAAUAUAGCAACUACAACACUGAGUGUGAAAUCCUCUUUAAAGACACAAUCUCAAACACAAAAGAACAGUGGAGCGCUUAUUGUAUUUUACAAUUACUAAAAUUCUUACAGGCAAACAAGCCUUUGUAAAACACAAAAACACUUAACUUUUAGUGUUCCAACUUGGUUACUUUCUUUCUUUACACCUUUAACACAAAAUAAAGACUGAAGAAGCCAAGAGAACGGUGAAAUGCGUUUCUUACAGCAUAGACGAAGUAUUUUGGUAUUUGUAUUUACAACUUUAUUGUUUUUUAUAAUAUUUUUAAUAAAGUAAUUUUUUAAAUACCAUUUUGGAUUCCUGCUCCUAUACAGAAGGGAGUGUAGUCCCUAACUACACAAAGCUUGUUUACUGAGCCAGGUCACAGGCUCUACACUUGUGAGUAUACAAGAAUCAGCUACCUUUUCUUAUUAUACCCAACGGAAUUAUAUUGCUUAUUUUCCAUUUUUAAUGAGAAAAACUCUACAUAUUGGAAAUCUAUCCCACGGAAGAGGGGAGGGGUUGCCCAUAACGGACCCACAAGCCUUCCACACCAGAGCUAGGUCUAUAUAGCUCUGGAAUCAUAGGCGUGCGCACGGGGUGUGCCGGGUGUGCCUGGGCACACCCUAAUCCCCGCGGCACGCCUAUGCAUAUUGAGACCGGCAGGGGAGAUCUCAGGAUCUCCCCUGUCGGCUCAUGCAGAGCCGGCGCUAUCCGACCGCCGGCUCUGCUCACAGCCUCCCUCCCCACUGACCCGCAUGUAGGGAGGGAGGCAGGAGAGGACCGGCGGAGCUAUUGCCGGCAGCUCCGCCGGGUUCCUCUCGCGAGAUAUGAGCGUUGCCACGGCAACGCUCAAAUCUCGCGAGAGUGAACUCUAGCCCCACAGGGGGCUAGAGUUCACUCUCCACUGGACCACCAGGGAUCACAGCAGCAAGGAUCCCCUCCUCCACUGGACCACCAGGGAUCACAGCAGCAAGGAUCCCCUCCUCCACUGGACCACCAGGGAAGGAAGCAGCAGCACGAUCCCCCCUCCCUACAAAAGGUAAGAAGGGAGGGGGGAUAGCAAAUAAUGUACCCCCACCUCCACCCCCCACAAUCACCCACCCACACACAUACAACACACAUACAGCACCCACACACAUUCAGCACCACACACAUUCAGCACCCACACAUACAGCACCCACAGACAUACAGCACCCACAGACAUACACAGCACCCACAGACAUACACAGCACAGACAUACACACCCACAGACAUACACAGCACCCACAGACAUACACAGCACCCACACACAUACAGCACCCACAGACAUACACAGCACCAACACACAUACAGCACCCCACACACACAGCACACAAACAGCACCCUCACACACACACAGCACACUAACAGUACCCUCACAAACACAAACAGGACCCUAACAAACACACACACAGCACACUACCAGUACCCUCACACACAAACAGCACCCUCACACACAGUACAUUAACAGCACCCUCACAAGUGCACACACACACACAACAGCACCCUCACACACAGUACAUUAACAGCAUCCUCACAAGCACGCACACACAAACACCCUCACCCACAUAGCACACUACCAGCAUCGUCACACACACAUCACACUAACAGCACCCUCACACAGCACACACACACACACAGCAGUGUGUGUAUAUAUAUGUGUGUAUAUAUAUAUAUAUAUAUAUAUAUAUAUAUACACGGCGUGUGCUUGUGCUUUAGGGUGCACACCCUAAUGCAAUAGGCUGCGCACGCCUAUGUCUGGAAUAUGUGAUUGUUCCAUUACUGAAUAUACUAUAUAUAUGUUUUAGCAAUUUUACACUAUAUAUAUUUUAUUUUGUGUUAAAGGUGUAAAGAAAGAAAGUAACCAAGUUGGAACACUAAAAGUAAAGUGUUUUUGUGUUUUACAAAGGCUUGUUUGUCUGUAAGAAUUUUGGUAAUUGUAAAAUACAAUAAUAAGUGCUCCACUGUGCACUUGCUUAUCUUUGUCUCAGACACCUUCCCUCCAAAAAGCGCCCUCCAGGUGGGUCGCAAAGUGAUCCUAAACAUCGGACCAAGUUGCCCUGGAACCGCAAGGUCACGUAGCCGAAAAAGGUUCCAUAACAAUUGUGCCUAAGUACCGCUGAAGACCGUUCUUGGGUUAGUUUGCACGAACGAUCCAAGGUGACCGGAAACCACAAAGUCCUCAUGACGUAAAUAGUUCCAUAGCAGUCGUGGCUGAGGACCAUUCAUGGUCUGAGGACCGUUCGUGGGUUUGUUCAUGCCAGGAAGCUAGUGUUUGCUUUAAUUCAUGAGAAGGGAACGUGCCGAACCAGGGUUACCGAGGGAAAACUGCUAAGGGCAGCUGGGCAGGAUAACUCCCAAAUGGGGUCUCAGACCUGGACCAUAGUCAUUGGGCAGGAGGCCAGCUUCCACACUCCUCCAGGUGUUCGUGGCAAACGAUCGUGGAAAGGAGCGUUUGUCACAGUUAUGAUCUGUAACAGGUAGGGCUGCAUAAACAGUGACAAAAGUAAGCUAACUCCUAAAAAGCAAAGCAUUAAAGGAUUGAAAGUUAUACCUUGAGAUUUGAUGGCACAUGCAAAAAUAAUAUAAUAUCAAGGUUAUUUACUAAAAAAAAUAAAUGGUGAUGGAUUGAAACUCAAGCUUAAAAAAAGUAAAAUAGCCGAGUUGGAAAAUGAUUUGAAUAAGAGAAUUAACUCAGCUCAGCUAAUUUAGACUACAUUUUGGCAUAUGGUUUUCAAUUUCCUAUAAUUCACUGUUUAAAUGGGCACAAACCACUUGUUAAAACACCUCCCUGUUCCUGAGUUUUCAGACUUCUAACACGGGAUCUAAGGUCCAGGAGGAGAGGCAUAAAUGGACACAUUCAGAAUAAAAAUAAAUGUUACCGGUAAAUUAUAAGGGCAAACAUUGAGGGCUGUUUUACAGAAAAGCUAUUAUGGGAGCUGUAAAGGCUAACACAUUAAAGUAAUUCAAGAAGACUUGAGUUAUAUGAAACUAUUAAAAAUCAACUGAAAAUUGGUUAAAAUUUUCUUACUGGGAGACUAGAUGGAGCAAUAGAUUUGUGAAUGAUUAGAGUAAACAAGAAGUUAUUGAAAUUGAAAUCUUUGAGAAUUGUAACAAAAACUGUAUAUAAGAAUGAAAGAAGCAAAUAUUCACAAUAACCUGUUUUAUUUGCACUUGCUUAUACAUUUGCACUUGCUUAUACAAUGCAGUCCCUGCAUUGGCUUCCAGUUAGAUAUAGGGCCCAAUUCAAAAUUCUGGCGCUUGCUUACAAAUCCCUACAUAAUGCUGCUCCAACAUACCUAUCCUCCCACAUACACAAGUAUUUCCCGUCGAGACCCCUGCGCUCAGCCCAAGACCUACGCCUAUCCUCUGCCCGGAUCCCCACCUCUGAUGCUCGCCUUCAAGACUUCUCCAGGGCUGCACCUAUUCUGUGGAACUCCCUUCCCUCCUCAAUCAGACUUUCACCCAGCCUCCAUUCCUUCAAAAAAUCUUUGAAAACUCACUUCUUUAUUAAAGCGUAUCAAUUAAACUGUCAGCAGGUUUCUCAUCCCCCACCCCAUGACUCCGUUCCUUCACCUGUCAAAAAUGACCUACCAAGCGCUCAAUAAACCCUUCUGUAACAAACUAUUUAAUUCCCCUACUUUAACCCUGUGUGUCACUAUACCCCACUCCCUCUAGCAUGUAAGCUCAUCGAGCAGGGCCCUCAACCCCCUCUGUUCCUGUACGUCAGUGGUCUGAUCUCAAUUAUGUGUCUGUUAGUCCACCCAUUGUACAGCGCUACGGAAUUUGUUGGCGCUAUAUAAAUAAUAAAAUAAUAAUAAUAAUAAUAGCAGUGUAUGGUAUAUCCUACGUAGUGCCAUAUCCAUGCAAAAGGGAAACAAAGGUUUUAAACCCAAAUUGCAAACUAUUUAUAUCAUGUGUUAAUUGUUCAACAUAUUGGCUUUAAUGAAAAGUUAAUUUAUCUAUUCUUUCUUUAUUUUCUACCAUUUUAUUUUUUAUUUUUACUGUAUAGUUUUAUACAAUCUUAUGACAAAAAAUUAAGCAUACAACAUGCAAAUGUAUUAUUGUUAAUAUCAUAAUAUAGUCUUAUACAAAUAUGUAUGAGUAUGUCCAUUAGGAUUCCGGUAUAUAAGAAUACAUGUACCAGGGGCCACAGAGUCUGCAACUGUGAGAAAUGAUUUUUUAUGUGAUUACUGUGCUUCACCCCUGAAAGAAGAUCUGAAGUACAGAGUUCUUGGUGGUACGUACAGCUUUCGUAUAUUGCAUAGACUGAUUUUAAACAAAACCCCAUAUUUGAAAGAAAAUUACAGUGUAUUCUUGUCUUAUUUUUAGACAAACAGGUGUUUGAUUUAAUGGACUCCAAGAUAUUGCAAAUUUUCCAAGGAAGUGUCACUAACAGUCAGCAUUAUCGGUUACAGUCAUUUGCUGUGUUUGUGAGAGGUAAAUUUUUCAGUCUAUUAUAAUAUUACAAUUAAAAUGGUUUAACUUCUUAGAACUUUUCCAGGGUCAAUGAGGUGAGCGAGGAAUUUACCAUCCAUAUUAUACCAUUCAAUAAAUAGUUUUCUGCACUAAUUCAUUGCUUUGUACCAAAUUUGACAUUUUCAGGCUUCUUGUGCUGGUAGAAAAUAAAAAGAUUAGUAUAAAUGUUUAGCAUGGACAUUUAUGAUAACGUAUUUGCUGUUUGACUUACGAUUUCCAGAAUAACAUUAAAGGGAUACUCUAAGCGCCAGAACAACUUUAGUUUAAUGAAGCAGUUUCAGUGUAUAGAAUCUAGAUCAUGUCCCAGGAGUCUCACUGUUCAAUGCUCUGCCAUUUAGGAAUGAAAUCACCUUUGAUUCUAUUCAUGCAGCCCUAGUCACACAGCCUACAUGAAAAAAUUAUAUCAUUUUCAAUCAGAUCUGACAGGACAGUGUGUUUAGAAGAUUUUCCUCUCCUGCUCUGCUAUUUGAACUUUAAUCACAAUCAGGAGAGUCCUACAUGUUCUAGCAGGCUAGUAACAGAGUAGGUGAUACAAACUUCUAAAUUAAACAGACUGUGCAAUAAAGGAACUUUAAACAUUAGAUCUCUCUUUACAGGUAAUGUGUAAGGAGUAUGUGUAGGUCACAUGCAGAUGAGAUGUGGCUAGGGCUGUAUAAACAAAGUGAUUUAACUCCUAAAUGGCAGAUAGUUGAGCAGUUCGCCUGCAGGAACAUGAUCUACAACAAAACCACUUAAUUAAGCAAAAAGUUUUUUGUUACUUAUUGUGUCUAUUUUGUCAUGUUCUUUCCUUCCUGCCCAAGUCCUUCAACACCCAUCAAUUGUGAUGAGAAUUAUCCAAUGAACCUUUCCCUGACAUAAUUAGACUGUGGUUGUACAGAGCCAGGAUCCAAGACCUUGAUUAAUAAGCCUCAUUCACUGAAUAAGAAGCCCUCUCUUCAAAUGUUUUAUGUAUAUAUCAAUUCAUGUUUUUGAAUAUUUUUGUUAAAGGGCCUUGCAUGCCCUCACCAUGGGAGUUGGUGUAGGCAUGCCAGGCUUUUUUUUUUUUUUUUGUAAAUUUUUUUUUUUUGGAUGUGCGCAAAUUAACAAAGAAUCUUGUACUGCCACAAAAGCAUGUACAAGAGCGUUGAAUAACACAAGUAAUAAACGUUGCUUACAGAGAUGUACAUUCAAGAAUGUUACAAUAAGUUAGAGAUGUCAAGCUAGGUAAACUGUCUGAGUACACAGUAGGAAGUAGAUUAAGCUAGAGUUGCAGGCUAUUCUGGUAUGCCUAGCUAUUAGAUAUAAAGCAGGCCUGUCCAGUCUUAGGUAUACAAGUCAAAUGUAUAUUAGAACUGCAGUUAGGUUUGACUAGUUAGGUAUGUAGGCAUAAGACUAGAUAAACUAGGAACUGUGCUAGACUGUGCCAUUCGGGAAUAACUGUAAGGAUCAAAAACAUACAAGAUAUAUAAACCACUGAGUCCCCACAUAUCCGUUCGCUACUGGGGCUGCAGCUUAAAGUAAGCCCUGCACCGUUUAUACUAAUAGAAUAAAAUAAUGAUAAGGUAAGAACUCAAAGUCAAAUUAGUGUGAAGAUAAGUAAUUAAUGGCACUACUAGUGUAGGAUGGCGGUGUUGGCCAAAUGGAUAACAGCCAAACGUGGCUUGGGACCAGUCCUGCAAAGUGAGUUCAGCCUCAGCCGAUGCCAGUGCUCCGGAGCCUGUUGAACAGCUGUGGAGCGGUGUUAGGCAGGUGCAGAGAUCGGCGUCCCUCCAGCCCCAGGCCCUGAUUAGAGUUCGCAUCUCAGCUCCAUGGAUUCGGUAGCUCGUGUUGGAGUCCGAAUUCAGCUCCAUGGAUUCGGUAGCUCGUGUUGGAGUCCAAAUCCUUCCCAGGUUGGGGAUAGCAGGAGCUCCUGGUGUUUCUUCGCCGCCUGUGGCGUCAGGACUUCAGCUUCUGUGGAUCAUGCCAGGAGAGUACCUCCCUGUGGGCUCCUAGCCCAGGUGUGCCAAUGAACGCAGGUACUAUUUGAAGCGUGGUAGUUGUGCCCAGAGGGGGCCUGCUUAUUCCCUGCUCCUCUCCGCUCCACUUACCACUCCAGCCCCGGGCCCGGGAGAGUAUAGACCUCCAAAUUCGCCCAGAAGCGAUCAAAAGCUACGUCUAUGCUGUGUUAAGGUAUCCAGGGUGCUCUCCAGUUGGGUCAGCACGGCUGCCAUCUUGUAUGUUGUUGCUGUGGUCGAUUCCUGCGCCAUAAUAUCAGGUUGCAUCCGGUCCGAGCUUGCGGAAAGGGUCAGUGGAGACCGGGAUAACCCCCGCUGGUCCAAAGAGGGGGGGAAAGCGUUAGGUAGGGACCACACCGUCGGCCUGUGAACCAGGAGAGCAGACGUCUCCCCUUGUUUCCAACACGGGUAGGCCGCAAGCCUUGAGUCUGGCAAUUCAGCAGAGGAGAUCCUUGUAACGGGUAUCCCCAGGUACAGCGUCGUCCUGUGAACAAGAAGGCUGCGGUCAGGUCAGUUAGAGUGAAAAAAAAGAGUGGGAGAGUUUGAUUUUCAACAGAGGCAUACUGAAGCCUCUAAUUCAAUCCAUUUAUGUAAAAUUGAUUUCCUAGUGUGGGAUUUUAAGGAGUGAGACUGAAUGCCCAAUAUCACUGUCUCUAGAAUAAAACAAAUGGCAAGGUUUGUAAUAGCAGUCAUCUGUUCACCUCCUUCCAAAUCCAGUUCACCACAACUAGAAACAAUGAUAGAGAUCCAACUACGGCAUUUCAGGCAGUCCAGAUACUCCCUCAGUCCAAGUGUCUGUUGGAGUUUUGGUGAGUAAUAAGCAUAAUGAAAAUUAUUCAAGUGCAUUUUUUGGUACGUGGGCAUUGGGAUUUGUUUGUGGAGUUUAGAAAAAAAACAGGAGGCUAUCUGACAUAUCAAAAGCAUGGAAGCUGAUAAGAACUUGCCUACUUUAGUCUAAAUAAAUAUUAAAGAUGACUAGGUCAUAACAACAGUCUGAUAAAGAUAUAUACCAAUGCUUGACCAAUGCUGGACAAGAUUUACAAACCAACUCUGGAGGAGACAUAUUCUGAGAGAUUACCUGUAAAAUCAGGUAGCAUACCAAUACUUAAUAUUGUACACUAAUACUUUGUCUCAAACAUACAUUAAUUUAAUUCUAUAUACUCUGCUUUAUAAUAUUAAUGGAUUAUUAUGUUUUUAUAUGUCAAUAUUAAUUUAUAUAUAUUAAUUUAUAUUUAAUAAAAUAUUUUAAAAAGAUACAAAAAGUUAUUGCUUCCAAUUCCUUAUUUUUAUUGUAUUUUCAAUUUAUAUAUAUUUUAAACAGAGAAACUCUUGCCAACGAUAUAAUAUUUUUGUUAAAGAUAUCUGUAUGUUCAGCCCUGCUAAAUUUUAUGCUUUAAGACUUUAUAGUGGUAAAUAGGGGCACUAGUAGUUACAAGUCAAACGAGAGGUGAUAGAUUUUACAAAACUACAGAUUUGAAGAUAGAUAGAUUUGAGAUGGCGAGUAUUUUUUUUUUGUCUUGGUAUUUAAACAUUUUCCCAACAUCCCCAGUCCAGCCUUUGAGGAUACUAGCAAUAUUUAGACCUAGGUAAAAUUGUGGCUGCUGGAGGUGGUGUAACAAGUUUCUAGUUUUUUUUUAAUUCUUAAGAAGUGUAAAAAUUGAGAAGUUUAACCAUUUAAGAUAUUAGAAGAUAUUGGAAUUGGGACCCUUUGCACAGAGGUCAUGAGUUUUGGGAUUAAAAUACUUUUAAUCAGACAAGUAGAGAGAGCAAUAUAUGUGUCCAAACUUUUAAUAGAUUUUCAAUAGUAAUAAUUUGAGUAGUAAUGAUAAGAUAGACGUGAGAUAUUUCACUAGAAAGAAGAACUGUGUCUGGUGUGCCCAGCCCAGCUUAAAAAUAAAACCAAAUGAGAUUAUUAAGAAACAAAUGGCACUAUUAUUCGGUUGUGCACAAAUCUCCCUAGUGACAACUCAUCUUUAAUGGACAGAGGAAUGUCCAGCUGAUUUAACACCAAAACUCUUUUUAGGUUGAGAACUUAUAUAUGUAAGAAUGAGUCUUUCAUAUUUUUAUUGUCAAUGAAGAGUUAUCAGAUAAUAAUUUUAAAUUGGACUGCAAAGCAUGUAAUGUACAAAUUUCAGUUUUGUGUUCUUGUGAUCAUUUCUUAGAUGAGCUAAUUAACAAAAUGAAAUUAGGAGGAAGAUACAGAGUUGUAGGAAUACCAGUAUGUGGAAAUGUUGGUUCCCAAGCCACUGUAUGCAUAGAGGCCAAUAAUAUACACCAAUACAUAGUAGAAAGUAAGUGCAUUUGCAAAAAUAACCAGAAAUAGUCAUGUCUGCUGACCUUACUCGAUACAAAGAUUACAAAAUGUUUACAUGUUUGUUUUUAUAUAUAUAUAUAUAUAGUUUUAUAUUUAAAGGAACACUUUAGGCACCCAGACCACUUUAUCUCAAUGUGCCAUGUGCCCCUUUCAACCUUGCAGUUGAAAACAUUGUUGUUCAGCAGGAAUGGCAAUGUUUUCUUUUCAGGGUUAAUCUGCCUCUAGUGACUGUCAAUAUGACAGCUACUAGAGGCUUUUCUGUAAAAUAGCAGAGUUGUACCAUCUGAUUGGCACCACGUAGCAUUUUGCCAUGCAUGCGCACUAGUCUACCAAAGCUUUUGCUAUGAUUUUGCCCAAGGAGGUGGAACUUGAUCAAGGAAACUGGUGCGGUGAGGGAAAAGGUGAGUAAACAACAUUUUUUUUUUUACCUUUCUUUUUAACCUUGGCAGCGACUAGGGUACUAAAUGGCAACUAGGGUACUAUAGAAUUAGGAGUACAAACAUGUAUCCCUAAAGCAAUAGUGUUCAAUUAACUAUUUAAAAAGUAAACUUACUUACAUUUAAGCCCUUGCCAUGCUGGUCUCACUUGCCGCCAUAAGCAGUUUUGAUUACAUCAGAUAAUCCAAUGUUCCCCCAUAUGGAAGCAUUGAGAGCCUAGUGUGCAUGCAUUGAGUCAGUGCAUAUCUUUGUGGAGCAUUCAAUAUCUCCAUACAGAGUUUGAAGAGGCUGAAUGAGGUACUACAAUCUUUGCAGGACUUCGUCCAGGAAGUUCUCCUCUAGUGCUUGAUGUAGUGGUGGUCAUAGGCAUCAAUGUAAGCACUGCUUCUUUGCAGAAUAGAUAGCAUUUACACUAUUUACCAUGCAGGGACAAAAUAUAUGCCCCAGAACAGCUACAUAAAACUGUAGUGAUUCAGGUGGUAACUAUAGUUUACACAUUUAGUAUAUAUUUCAACUAUACAUUUCUUAUUUUAUGGUGAGAAUAAAAAACAGGAUGCAAGAGAAUACUGAGAAAGGACAACAGCUUCAGUAAAUAGGACUCCACAUGGAGUCUGAGAACGGACAACAGUAUUCAAUAAACAGGACUAGAGUUGAGCGGACACCUGGAUGUUCGGGUCCAGCGGGUUUGGCCGAACUUCAGAAAACAGUCCGGGUUUGGGCUCGAACUUGACCCCGAACCAGAACCCCAUUGAAGUCAAUGGAGACCCAAACUUUUGGCCACAAAAAUGGCUCUAAAAAAGUCCUGGAAAGGGCUAAAGGGCUGCAAAAGGAAGUAAAAUAGGGCUAAGAGUAGGACAAGUGCCCUGCAAACAAAUGUGGAUAGGAAAAUCACUUAAAAUAACAUAAAAUACAUAAAAAAUUAAAAUACAGCUGAGCCAGAAUAUAGCACUAGAUGGAAUCUUUGAUUUUAUCUUUGGAAGAACAUAAAUCAAAUUCUAAAGCAUGGCUGUCAGGAGGAUCACCAGAAUUAUCCAUUUGAGAGAGGGUUGGAGUGCAGGGUAUUCUCUUUCAUUGUUCAAACUGAGCUCAAAUCCUGAUGCAUGGAGAAAAGGCCUUCACAAGCCUCUGCUAUUGUGUACUUAGUUUAUACUAAGUGACCCAUAGGUUGAGGAGGCGGUGACCAUGGUGGUGUAGGUGGAAGCAGCGGUGGAGAAGGAGGUAGCCAACACUGUUUUUUAUUUGUUUGCUUGUUUGUUUGUUUGUUUUUUUUUUUAAAUUGGGGUAGACCCCUAAAAUAUUGCGACAUAUAUAAAAAGAAACAUUUGCGGCCUGCGGUGCAUUUUUUGAAGUCCUGAUGCAUGGAGAAAUGCUCAUCUCCUGAUGCAUGGAAAAAAGGCCUUCACAAGCCUCUGCUAUUGUUUACAUAGUUUAUACUAAGUGACCCAUAGGUUGAGGAGGCAGUGACCGUCGCGGUGGAGGAGGAGGAGGCAGCCGACACUGUUUUUUAUUUGUUUUUAUUUAUUUUUAUAAAUUGGGGUAGCCCCCAAAAUAUUGGGACGUAUAAAAAAAGAAACAUUUACGGCCUGCAGUGCAUUUCUUGAAGUCCAAUAACGCCAUCAGGUUUUUAAAACUGUCCGUCUCCACCAGACAGAAUGAUAGCAUUUCAAAGGCCACGAAUGUUGAAAUGUUGGCAUUCAGGGCCAGGGAACGCGGGUGGCUAGGCGGGUACUUCCUCUUUCUCUCCAGUGUUUGGGAGAUGGACAGCUGAACGCUUCCAUGGGACAGUGUGGAGAUGCUGGACAAUUGUGUACCUGGCCUAUGCUAAUGCAGGAACCCACCCUCCGAGCCACUUGUGAAUCACUGGCCUCAUAACCAUGGAAAUGACCCCUCUUCCUCCUCCUCUUCCUCCUGUGCCACAUCCUCUUCCAUCAUCGCCCGAAGCGUUUUUUCAAGGAGACAUAGAAACAGGAUAGUAUGGCUGAGAACGGCGUCAUUGGCACUGGCCAUGUUGGUGGAGUACUCGAAACAGCACAACAUGGCACACAGGUCUCGCAUGGAGGCCCACUCAUUGGUGGUGAAGUGGUGCUGUUCUGCAGAGUGACUGACCCGUGUGUGCUGCAGCUGAAACUCCACUAUCGCCUGCUGCUGCUCUCACAGUCUCUCCAGCAUGUACAAGGUGGAGUUCCACCUUGUGGGCAUGUCGUGUAUGAGGUGGUGAGCGGGAAGGCCAAAGUUACGCUGCAGUGCAGACAGGCGAGCAGCAGCAGGGUGAGAACACCGAAAGCGCUCACAGCCGCUAGAGUGAAUGUCACAUCCUGUCUCAAGUUGUGGAUUAGUCUGGUGAUGGCUUCUGGUAUCCAGUACUCUUUUUACUGAAGCUGCAUCAGGGUACUGGUAUGUGGCUGCACAAACGCUAGUGCUCAACACCAGGGGGCGUGCGGUUACCCUGCACCAGACCCUGCUAAUCCAUUCCACACUGUGACUCCUAACUUCAACAUCAGGCAUACUGGGUCCUGGUUGUCCGACCGCCGCACAGACAGUGUCUGGGUCCUGGUCACUGGACUGCUGCCCUCAAUGUGAAACUUUGCUGUAAGCACAGUGUUUGACGGUUCUAUUUGACUCUCAGAUAUGAAGUGCACCGCAGGCCGCAAAUGUACUAUUUAGCACCCAAAACAAUUUGAAUUUUUCAAAGUGUGCUGUAAGCACAGUGUUUGACAGUUCUAUUUGACUGUCAGAUAUGAAGUGCACACCCCAAAAAUUAGAAUUGGUCAAACUGCGCUGUAAUCAAAUGUACUAUUUAGCAUUAGCACCCAUAACAAUUAGAAUAUUUCAAAGUGCGCUGUAAGCACAGUAUUUGAUGGUUCUAUUUAACUCUCAGAUAUGAAGUGCACCGCAGGCCGCAAAUGUACUAUUUAGCAACCAAAACAAUUAGAAUUUUUAAAAGUGCGCUGUAAGCACAGUGUUUGACAGUUCUAUUUGACUCACAGAUAUGAAGUGCACCGCAGGACGUAAAUGUACUAUUUAGCAUUAGCACCCAAAACAAUUUGAAUUUUUCACAGUGCGCUGAAAGCAUAGUAUUUGACGGUUCUAUUUGAUUCUCAGAUAUGAAGUAUACACCCCAAAUUAACUUUUUAGCACCCAAAACUAUUUGAAUUUUUCAAAGUGCGCUGAAAGCACAGUAUUUGACGGUUCUAUUUGACUCUCAGAUAUGAAGUGCACCGCAGGACGCAAAUGUACUAUUUAGCACAAAAAAGUGUGGGUUUUUUUUGUUUUUUUUUUAAACCAACAACGUAACAGUAGUAUUUAAGGGUUUUAUUAGACUGCAAGAAAUGCAGUACGCAAAUGUACUAUUUAGCACUGAAAAAAUUGCAGCAUUUAAAAAUGCUUAGAUGUUGCCCCCUGAGCUACCAGAACAGAAAUAAAGUCAUGUGCCUGCACUCUCUGUGGCACUGCGCUCAGGGCAGGGUACAAAAAUUUAGUAUAGCACCCACUAAAAUAAUCGCUGUAGUUUGAAUAAUCACUGUAGUUUGAAUAAUCGCUGUAGUUUGCAGAUUCCACACCAGAAUUCUUUCCUAAGCUGUCCCUCACAGCUGCAGCAUCCUGUCCCUACACUAAUAAGAGCUCAUGUGACGUGCGGCGCUACGUGACUCCAGCUUAUAUAUAGAGGCUGGGUCACAUGCUGCAUUGGCCAAUCACAGCCAUGCCAUUAGUAGGCAUGGCUGUGAUGGCAUCUAAGGGCAAACAAGUCAAACGCUUGUUGAUUGGCUGCCCUGCAGCCUUUCAAAAUGUGCCAUUAAAUCGCCGAACACCGAACUCAAACCUGAACAUACACUGAAAUGUCCGUGUUCGGGUCCGGGGUCCAAAAAACAUAAUGUUCGUUCGGUACGAACCCGAACUUUGCAGUUCGUGUUCGCUCAGCUCUAAACAGGACUCCACAUGGAAAUUCCUCAACAAGCUUGCUUUCUUAUUCUCUGUUAAGGGCUAAGAGACUCACAAGACCAUUAACUGUUUGUAUAAAUUGGCUACCUGCCAAACUAAAAUAGCAUUUAAUAGCUACCUCUAUUACUUUAAAUAUACAUACAGCCAAGUAGCCAUAAUGUUGCUUGAUCUUUAAAAUAGAACUAUCUGAAUGUAAUGCUAAAUCUUAAAGACAAGGAACCAGCUUCACUAGUGCUGCUUUGAAAAAUAUAAAUAGGCUAUACAAAUUAAAUAUCGGAAAAACAGAAGCCCUUGCAAUCCAAAUCGACCCACAACAACUCAGAACCCAUACAAACACAUACCCCUUCAACCUCACGAACACGGAGAUAAGCUACUUAGGUACUCACAUACCGAAAGAUCUUACACAGACAUACUCACGCAACUACACUCCGCUACUAAGACAAGCAGCUCAAGACCUACAAUCAUAGGCUGGCCUCUCGAUAUCAUGGCUGGGCAGACUGGCGUCAGUCAAGAUGAAUGUACUCCCCAGAUUCCUCUACCUCUUCCAAGCUCUUCCCAUACCACUCAAGGCCGCUGAUUUCAAAACUUUACAAACUCAAACCGACCGCUUCAUAUAGGCAAACAAAAAAGCCAGAAUUAAACGAAUGACACUCUACAUACCAAAUAGAGCAGGUGGACUAGGCCUCCCUCACUACAUGCACUACUACCACGCCGCGCAACUAGCUCAAGUAUAACACUUACACGCCCCAUACGGCAUCAAAAGAUGGGUAGACCUAAAACACACCAUAUUUGGCAGGGACCUCCCAUCCCUCUACAUUUGGCUACCUAGACAAGCUAGACCACAAACACCCACCACCACCCCUGCACUAACAAACACCAUUAAAAUCUGGGAUAAGGUAGCACAUAAAAGCUCCUUAACUUCAAAAGCUCCUUAACUUAUGCCAAUCCUGCGCAAUACACUUUUCAUCCCCAUAUGACGCCCCAACAUUUUUCCAGGUUCGAAGAUAACAAUCUCCUUUGCUUCUACCAAUUCUACCGAAACUGAACUCUCAUAUCCUUCCCUGACCUACCCCAACAAACGCCAUUGACCACAUUUGACCACUUCCGCUACAUCCAAAUUCGAAGCUUUCUUGACACUCCAACAAACAAGAAGGCAAGCACCACGGCCCUUACCCCGUUCGAAAAAGUCUGCAUGAAAAGCUCAAUCCAAAAAAACCCCAGAUAACUACCCUCUAUACAAACAUAAUCAAAACCUUCACAAAGUGCUCACUGACAUACAUGUCGGCUUGGGAGAGGGACCUAGGGCUGCCAGACCACCCCUCAGACUGGGCAGACAUAUGGGAGGCCAUAGCCUCGGUUUCCAUAUGUGUAAACCACAAAGAACAAGCAUACAAGACACUAAUGCGCUGGUACCUCACCCCCCUCUAGCUCAAACAAAUGGGUGUAUCUGUUGUCGAUCUGUGCUGGAAACAGUGCGGCGGAAAAGGCACAUAUCUCCACGUAUGGUGGGUGUGUACCCAAAUCACCUCACUAUGGCACUAAAUCACACAACUAACUUCUAAAGUACUACACACCAAUAUCCCACUAGAUCCCUGGACAUGGCUCCUUUCCAAACCCCUAGAAAACAUCCCCAGAUGUCAAAAUAAACUAAUAGCCAAAAUCGCCCUAGCAACUUGAAGGGCCAUAGCGGAAGCCUGGAGCAAACCAGAAGUGUACCAACACUGCAAACAGUGAUACGAAAAAUAGAGGAAACCAAGAAAAUUGACAAACUGUCCGCAAUAGUACACGAUUCCACCAAUGCCUUCAACAAAAUCUGGGACCCAUGGCUCUACGAAUUCCCAGUCCACAUGUCCAGACCUGGGAACGAUAGAAACAGACGCCACCCAGGUUCGCCCAGAGCCAGUCCACCCCCACCCCAACAGUAGAAAAUCCCUCUAUCCACCCACACACACACACCCCUCUCCCUGCCUUCCCCCCUCCUAAACCCAUCAAUAUUCCCCUCCAACUUCCAUACCCCUCCCACUUCACUACCACAUCACCAUACCCCCCACCACCUCAAACCCCCAACACCCUACAUACACUCUACAACCCCCCCAACUUCGGCCCGGCACCAGACCAACCCCACUACACUGACAGAAACUAGCAUACUCCAAGAUGAAGAUAAGCGAUCCACAAACCAGAACAUCACACACCAACUACAAGCUACCUAACUCCACACUCAUAGAAACGCUCAACACCAACUAACCCACCGCAAACUCAUAAAACACAGCAAAUAAGGAAGGCAACACCGCAGCACACCCAUAUAUCCCACUAACCUAUAUAUACUCCACCCCUCCCCCCUUAAAAACAAACCUCCAAGACAAUCUUGGAACCCUCAACAUCUAAACCUACAACAGACGCUACAUAUUUGAGGGACGCAAUGGUACUCCUUCAGGUUAAAUGAGAAAGUACUCUCUUUUGAAAAAUAUUCACCUCCCUUUUUUUUUUUUUUUUUUUCUUCUUCUUCUGCAUUCUGUAACCCCAGACCGCACUCAACAAUGCAUGCAAACAUCCUCACUAAGACUUAAUUGUAUAAGGUAAAGAAAGAAAAUGUUAAAAAUGCAAUGUAAAUAAUACAAUGUAAUACCGUGAUAAGUACAUGUAUCUCAACCCCCCCGCCCCUCCCCUUCUUCUAUUCUGUACCCCACAAACCGUUCAUAUGAAUUUAAAAAAAAGAAAAUGAUAAAUAAAGAAUUUAUAAAAAUAAAUAAAUAUUUAAAUAGGCUAAAAUGGGAUAUCAUAGGGCACCUUGUGCCCAGUAAGUGUGAUAUCGCCUAUAGCACGAUCCAUCCUCCAAAUAAAAGAAUAAAUACAUACAGCCUUGGCGGUUUCAAAAUGUAUUUGACAUAGGACUUCCUUGUUGUGGAACUUCGCUUCCCAAUGCUCCACAACUACCACGUCCCUCCUGUCUAAAGAUCACUGCUUGUACAAAUAUAGGACACACAAUAUCUCAGUAUACAUAGCCUCUUACCCAAACACUCAAUUCUGACUGAUGCCUGGCGUACAUUUCGGUCGUUAAUGCAUCAUUGUCAAGGACCCUUACCCAUUAAGUACAGCUAUGAGUCUUGUUAGUCUCUUAGACCUUUUGAGUAUAAGUUAGUACUUAUGUCAUCUUUUUAUAAAUCUCAAGCAAUCUCUUCUGGAUAUAACUAUAUAGAGUGUGAUCUUUUUAAACCUGCAUUUUUAUACUGUGAUCUACUUUAGAUAGGGUUAUUCUUUCAGACAUUACUCCUCUUUUAAAUUUUUAGUGUUGUUAGAUUCUACAUCUUACAAACAUUUUUAAAUAAAUCACUGGGUGUCACCUGGACAUGAGGUUCAUAAAUUAGUGGAUAAAUGAAUCAAAUAUCCCUCUCCUUUACUUAAAAAAUGUAUAUUUAUCUUUGUCAAAUCACUUUAAAACAAUCUGACAAAACACAGAUGGCUGGAUAGCAAACACAAACACAAAAAUCUAUUUUUAAAGGGACACUAUAGUCACCCAGACCACUUCAGCGCAAUGAAGUGGUCUGGGUGCCAGGUCCCUCAGGUUUUAACCCUUCACAUGUAAACAUAGCAGUUUCAGAGAAACAGUUAUGUUUACAAAGCAGGAUUAAUCCAACCUCUAGUGGCUGUCUUCCUGACAGCCGCUAGAGUCACUUCUGCGACGCUGGAUGCAAAAUUCGCAUCCAUCGUGCAGAACAUCCAUAGGAAAGCAUUGAGAAAUGCUUUUCUAUGGACUGUUAUAAUGCGCGCACAGCUCUUGCCAUGCAUGCGCAUUCUGCUGCACUCGGGAGCUGACGUCGGCUGGGGAGGAGAGGUCACCAUUGCCAAGGGAGCCCGGCGCUGGAUUAAGGUAAGCUGCAGAAGGGGUUUCAACCCCUUCAGUGCCAAGGGAGGGAAACCCUGAGGGUGAGGGUCCCCCAAGGAUGACAUAGUGUCAGGAAACGGGUUUGUUUUCCUGACACUAUAGUGAUCCUUUAAUGUUUCUAUAUAUUUACCAACUAUUUAAUUAGCAUUUGUUCUUCUUUCAUGUUUUUGGCAUAUAUUACUGUUUUCAUGUCCAUUAAUAGUUAAUUGAUAUACUGAUUGUUUCUUUGCUAAAUAGGUUUAUCAAUAUGUCUUUGCAAUGUGCUUUUACCUAAAUAUACUCCAGUAUAUAAUCCAUGGCAUUGUAAUUUGGGGGAGAUUUUGAUGCUAUGUGUGUUACAAAGUUGUUUCCUUUUUAGGUCCACAAACUAUAAGCAGGAAUUUUCACAAAAUUCAUGCUUUGACUCGGGACUCUCCUUGGAUUUUCACCGGCAUUCUUGCCAAUGUUUUUUCAUCACAAGUAGUCCCAGUUGGUACCUACAAUACGUUAAAGCUGUGCAUGUUACUUAGUCUUGUACAGACCAGCAAUGAAGACAGAGAUCCUGUGAAUUUUUUGGAUCUUCUUGUUAUAACAAGUGAUACAUUGACUGUUGAGAGGUUAGUAUAUUAUUUCUAGUACUUUUUGUUAGUGGGAAUACUUAACCCCAAAAAUGGCUGGGUGUGUAAGAAGCAGUGGCUAUUGGCUCAGUAUUCUAUGCCUGGGUGUGUAAGGAGCAGUGGCUGUUGGCUCAGUAUUCUAUGCCUGGGUGUGUAAGGAGCAGUGGCUGUUGGCUCAGUAUUCUAUGCCUGGGUGUGUAAGGAGCAGUGGCUGUUGGCUCAGUAUUCUAUGCCUGGGUGUGUAAGGAGCAGUGGCUGUUGGCUCAGUAUUCUAUGCCUGGGUGUGUAAGGAGCAGUGGCUGUUGGCUCAGUAUUCUAUGCCUGGGUGUGUAAGGAGCAGUGGCUGUUGGCUAUUGGCCUGGACGUGUAAGGCAGUGGCUAUUAGGUCACAUUCCGUGUGAUCUGUUGCUAUGGCCUGGUAAGAACAUCCUCCUUCAAUAUCAGGGGUGAUCAUAAUAGAAUGGAGUUGCACCAUGAGUGGUUUUUAUUUAAUGAUUCAGAUAACCCAAGACUAUGGGGAAUUAAAAUAAUUAUUUGUUUAACAAUGUUCUUAUUAAAUCAGGAAUAAUUCUGAAAUUCUUAUAAACUGCAGCCUUUGCAAGCCCUCCCCUUUUUUCUUGGAAGAGAUAUUCAGUCUCUAUACAGGAAAAUAACCAAACCGAAGUUUCUCAUUGAGAAGCCUCUGAAGCUAUUUUCCUGUGUACUUGCGCACAAAGACUCGUGUGUGCAUCAGCUUGUGCACACAUACACUGUGCCCAGCAUUGAGAAGGAACGUUGAUCUUAUCUGAGGUCUGAGAAUAUUUAUGUGGGGGAGGCUCAAGCAAACGUAAGCAGGAAGAAACUUUGGUUUGGUUGACAGCUAGGGGAGUGUUCCAUUAUUUAAUUUAAAAAGUGCCAAUUACUCAUGGAGAUCGUUACUUUUAUAAAAGGCCUUUUAAUAGACUACUCCUCACCAAUAAAGCACAUCAGCAAGCUGAAGUAUUUUCUGGGUGUGGAGUGAUCCUUUAACCCCUUAAGGACCAAACUUCUGGAAUAAAAGGGAGUCUUGACAUGUCACACAUGUCAUGUGUUCUUAAGGGGUUAAAGGCAGGUUGAAUUUAGCCUGAAGGUAAAAACCAGUCUCCUAUUUAAAUUAUUAAGAUCCCUGCCCAGCAGAUUGUUUGAAAGAAAUCCUACAAGUUGUAGUUGGGUUUUCCAUGUUCUGUUUGCCUGUAUUGUCUUUAUUUGAAUGAAACAGACAAAAUUCUUAUAUGGAGAAAAUAAAUCACGCAUUACCAAAGGUCAAAAGAGUACAAAAUAUAGAAUCUGAGAACCAGUUAUUCUACUAAUCUCAAACUAUCUAGUUCACAGUAAUCAUAGUCUUCACAUUUACAAACAUUAGAGUUUAACAUACAACAAUGCAUCCUACAGUGUUGUAAAUUAAUUGUAAAUUAAUCUAAUAUUUCUGUCCUUGAUCUGUGUCAUUUCCUCGUUAAGCUACUCAGACCUUUCAGUGGUAAUUAGGUCACAAACCAUUCAUAAUCUUAUUUUCACUUAAUUGGUAUAUUUGAAAUAUAUUGUGGAAUGUCUAACAUUGUGCUGUAUACAUCAUCCCACUUUGUGGAAAGUGUCUUAAAGGAACACUAUAGUCACCUAAAUUACUUUAGCUAAAUAAAGUAGUUUUAGUGUAUAGAUCAUUCCCCUGCAAUUUCACUGCUCAGUUCACUGUCACUUAGGAGUUAAAUCACUUUGUUUCUGUUUAUGCAGCCCUAGCCACACCUCCCCUGGCUAUGAUUGACCGAGCCUGCAUGAAAAAAAAAAAAUGGUUUCACUUUCAAACAGAUGUAAUUUACCUUAAAUAAUUGUAUCUCAAGCUCUAAAUUGAACUUUAAUCACAUACAGGAGGCUCUAGCAGGGUCUAGCAAGCUAUUAAUAUAGCAGGGGAUAAGAAAAUCUUAAUUAAACAGAACUUGCAAUAAAGAAAGCCUAAAUAGUGCUCUCUUUACACUUGCAGGGGUUCUCAACCCAGUCCUCAGGACCCCCUACCAGUCCAGGAUUUGGGGAUUACCUGGGUGUGUCUCAGGUGUUUAGAAAAAGGGAAAAAAACACCUUAGACUCUAAGGUGUUUUUUUUUUCUUUUUCUAAACACCUUAGACACACCCAGGUAAUCCCUAAACCCUGGACUGGUAUGGGGUCCUGAGGACUAACGUUGAGAACCCCUGCUUUACAGGAAUAGUUUAUUGAAGGCUGUGCAAGUCACAUGCAGGGAGGUGUGACUAGGGUUCAUAAACAAAUAAAUUUAACUCCUAAAUGGCAGAGGAUUGAGCAGCGAGGCUGCAGGGGCAUGUUCUAUACACCAAAAACUGCUUCAUUAAGCUAAAGUUGUUCAGGUGACUAUAGUGUCCCUUUAAGAUAACAUAUAGCCCAUAGCUGCAGGGUAUACAAUUGCAGCUCAUUUCCCUCAUUAUUGGUGUAAUUUUGUUUAAGGGUUCUAGAUAAUGGUAAAAAUUACCAAUGCCUUAAAUCAAACAUGUUCAAAAAGAAAAGUUGCAAUUCUCAACAAUUUUUGAACUGGACACACUUAACUAGCCAGUGUAAAUAUUUUUGUUCUUCAGACUUCUGAGUUACGGCAUUAGUCUAGUGCCACGUGGUGUGCGCCAUUUUGUAUCCAAUGAUAUGUUUGCCACAGUAUCGAAAGAUGACCAUGGAACGGGAACUGCUAGUAUCCAGGCUUGUAGUGCUCUGCUAGCCAAAGGAGGGGUAUGCUGCAUAGGAGAUAUGAGUUUGCAGAAAAAAGACAAGCUUGACCACCUCCAAUCAGGUAUAUUUCAGUUUGUAUGAAGAGGAGAUAAUAGCAAUCACUCAUUUUAUUUUUAAGUUAUUUCUAAUAAAGUUCGCAUACUAAGAUUAAAGAAAAUAUAUUUAAACGUCAGUGGUAUUAAAAUUUUUCAUGGGUGAUUCCAUCUCAUUACUAUUAAGCCUUGCAAUCACAUGAAACGUAAUGUUGAUGUUGAAUUGGGGUAUAUUUAUCUGGUGUGGAGAAUAACAGUCAUAAGGUUGGUAGAAAAUAUUAUAAAUUAAUCAAAUAUUGAACUUUACGCAGUGUCCAGGGAAAGGUAGUGAGAUAUUUCCCUGCCAUAAAAAAAGAUAUAGACAGUAAAAAACACUGGGAAGUGUGUUCCCUAAACCCAUCCAAAAAUAAGAUGGUGUUUUAGAAAAAAAAAAAUACUGGCCAAUAACAGGGUAUGCAUGUUCUUUCGUGAGUGUGAUUAUCACCCUCCUUUUUUGUUAGAAAAGAACUUUGAGGUGCAGAAAUCUCUACUGAAAUGUGAUAACUCCUCUUCAGCAGGUUUGUGAUCGCAGGAUUGUGAUCUCAUCUUGGUAAAAUUGUUGUCCAAAAGUAUCAGAAAGGUGAGAUUGUGAGUGCACCAACAGCAUUAAAUUAGAUAAGGGAUUUUUCUAAACAAACCAAAAGCGGAGUUGCCGGUGCACUAUCGCUAAUUCCUAAGGACAGAGGCAGCGCACCUGCCAAUGUUAAAGAAACACUAAGGUGUUAGAAAUACAAACAAGUAUUCAUAAUAAUAUACACUUUUUAUAGGUAACUGUCCCCCCUCAGAAUAUCGUAAAAAUAAAAUUUCUUUUGUCACAGCGGACCCCGCCUCCAUGGCUGAGAUCAUCAAUCUUGAUGAUCUCAGCCAAUUCAAUGCAUUGGGAAGCCAUUGCACGUGCAAGGCCAAAUGCUGUGAUGCAUCAAUCAGCAUCUCCUCAUUAAAUCAAUGCAUUUCUAUGGAGAGCAUUCAGCUUCUCCAUGCAGAGUGUGGAAAUGCUGAACGCAGGUCCUGCACACAAUGCAGCACUGAAAUAGGAAACACCACCAGUGGCCGUCUAAGUGAUGGCACCUAGAAGUGUUACUAGGCAGCAGUGUAAACACUGCCUUUUCACAGUGUUGAGCCUGCUAUAGACACUAGAACUACUACUUUAAGCCGUAGUGAUUCUGGUGAUUAUAGUGUUCCUUGAAGGCAAACCUCCAAAGGGGUUUUGUUUUGCUUAUAUUUUUAAGCUAAUGAAUACUAAUGCUAUUGCUGCUGCCAGAGCGUAUUGGGAAUUUGAACACAUGGUUGAUUUCUGUGUUUUUAUACUCAUUUUCCUUAACAUGUUUGUUAUGAAUAUGACUAUUUGCUUUAGUUUUGGAGAGCAGAAACACCACUGUGUUUAUUCCUGGAAAGAAGUAUGGCGAAGACGGUGACCAUCAAAUGUUUCUUCCUGUCCAAUGUAAUUUCUGGUCUUAUGUAUCCUACUCAAAGAAGCCUGUUCAAAAGGAAAACAAAGUGAUCGGUCAAGUGGUAUGUGUUUAACUAAUUCAAGGCUGUCUUGUGAAAUAUGAUGCAAACCAAUUUCUUCAUGAUAGAUGACGUGCCUGCAUUUGAUAAAAGCAUAAAGGUAUGAAAUGAACUGUAACCACCUGCAACAAUACUCAACUGAUAAUAGCUCUGUAGUUUUACUUUCCAUGCUACAGACAAUAAAAGUCACACCUUCUCAGUAACGUCCGCAAAAUCUUUUUCUGUCCAGGCUAGACUUGAGCAAAUCGAGAAAAUGUGUUUCCGGCAAAGCAUUUUUAUUUUUAUUUUUUUUGACGGCUGAAUAUUAAACAAAUGUUGGUUUAGCUUAGCAAAAUGUCAGUACCGAAAGCCAGAUUUGGGAAACAAAUCAGACUGGGAAAAAAAGGGUGCAAAAACUUACCAAUUAUUGUACUACAAAAUAUAGGAGCAAAUUUCUGCCAUUUGGUACACAGGUCAAGUGAAAAAAGUAACAAACAGCAAGAAAACAAGAGGAGCAGUAAAACAAACAUUAUAUAUAGUGCAGAAAGCAUAACUUUAUAAUAAUACAAUUAAUGAUGAAAAAUACAAACUACAAUGUAAUACAGAGUGGUAUUCUUAAACUAGAGUGAUCACCAUUGUAGCCAAUUUAAUGUCACUGCACUUCUGUUGGAUUCCAUGUUUGCAUUGUGUGACGAAACCGACCUCGCCACUGGGCAUUGGAGAAGACUGAUUGCUCGCCUCCUGCCAUGUGACUAUGGCCCCUGGGAUGUAUUGCUCUUUAAAGACAUGAUUUGGGGUCCCUGUGAUGUGUUUUAUGAUAUAUUUACUAUAUUUCUCUGCCUGUCAUAAUUAUAUUAACCAUUGUGUGCAAUAAUCAUAUCACAGGCAGAGGGGAGGAUUUUGUGUGGGAGUGUCUGUGUGUAUUGUACAGAUUGAUUGGUUGUAUUUCAAAACCCUGUGUGCAGUACUAUAUUUGUGGAUUGUGAAUAAAAGAGGCUGUAUAUGCCAGUACAGUCAGUUCUACUUCACCCUCAAUCUGAGUCCUGUCUUAUUGGGGGAAUCUGCUACAAGGGAUUGCUAUGCUCUGCAUAUUCCCUUGCUAUAAUCACUGAGCUCUUGUAAGAGCUUGUUCCUGCUUCACUCUCUUGGAGGAGAGGUUCACUCACUGGAACCUGGAGCCUUGUCGUAGGUCCAGGGUGGGUAGGAGACGGCGAGACCCCAACCAAGCUGAGGCGGUUCGUGGGGUCUACGGUGGUUGUGGUGUCUGGCGGAUCGCUUGGAGCCCUCUGUAAGCGCUAGGAGCAUUCUUCAACGGAGGUACCCAGUCGGGGUGCCAGGUGAUCCGUUACACAUUGCUUAGUCUUUCUUUGACAGCCCCUAGAAGACCACUAUAGUGCCAGGAAAACAAACUCUCCUCCUCCUUUGGUCGUCAUCGGCUGAAUGCGCAUGUGCAGCAAGAGCCGUGCGUGCAUUCAGCCAGUCCAUAGGAAAGCAUUCUCAAUACUUUCCUAUGGACGCUGGCGUCUUCUCACUGUGAAAAUCACUGUGAGAAGCGCGGAAGCGCCUCUAGCGGCUGUCAAUGAGACCACUACAGGCUGGAUUAACCCAUUCGGCAGGCAGGGUUAACCCUAGAUCAGGGGUUCUCAACGUUAGUCCUCAGGACCCCCUACCAGUCCAGGGUUUAGGGAUUACCUGGGUGUGUCUAAGGUGUUUAGAAAAAAAAACACCUUAGAGUCUAAGGUGUUUUUUCCCCUUUUUCUAAACACCUGAGACACACCCAGGUAAUCCCCAAAUCCUGGACUGGUAGGGGGUCCUGAGGACUGGGUUGAGAACCCCUGCCCUAGAUGGACCUGGCACCCAGACCACUUCAUUGAGCUGAAGUAGUCUGGGUGCCUAUAGUGGUCCUUUAAAUUUCACUAAUUGAUACUUGUCUGUGACAUUUCACAACACAAAAGUGCAGUAAAAUGAGAAUAAAUGAAAGUCUUCCUGAGACAAUUUUAUAUCUGUAUAAGACAAAAAUAAGAAGUAAUAUGUUUGGUAUGCUGAUUUCGUUUCUAUCUUGAUCUUUGGUUCAGUGAUGGCUGUUUGUUGGUUUUGAAUAAAGAACGUAAGCUCAAAGUUUCAUGUAUUAUUAUAUAUGAUUAGCAUUUGGCUGCACAAUGCGGUCAACCCACCUGUUAUAAGUGGUCCCUUGGUUUCUAUAGUAUAAUGAGGCACAAUUAGAAUUAUAGGACCUUCUACAAAAACUGAUGCUUCCUUUUCUUUCUGUCCUAGGAUUUAAGUUGUCUGCCUACUAAUCUAGUAGAUUCAUUUGGAAUGUUAGUUUACAUCAAUGACUUUUCACAAAGUCUCCAAAUUCUUCCACUUGUACAUCAUAACCUGAGUAGAGCUGUGAGCAAAACUAAUUCUCAUUGGACAGCCUCCCAGCAAUUCACCACACAGGACUAUGAAAAAGUGAAGUAUACAACCCCCAAAUUAUUGUUAUAAUUUUAUCAAAAUAUAUAUUAUUUAUUUUCUUUAAAACGUGUGACCAGAUUAAGGGGAGGAGGGAGAGGCCUACAGAUAGCCUCAGACUGCCAUCAUCCUUAGCCAGCCCAGGAUAUGUGGGUGUGUAUCUGUGUGUGUAUAUGUGUAUCUGUGAAUGUGCAUGUCAAUGUGUGUUAGUGUGCAGCUGCAUAUGUGUAUGUCAGCAUAUAUCCCUGCAUUCCAAUUCGAACAGCAGCACUACAUACAUACAACACACCAUUCCCAUCAGCAAUAACACAACAUGCAAUCAAAAGCCAACACUACAUACAAACACACUGUUACAAUCAAACACCAAACUACAUACAAACACACCCCUGUAUUAAAACUUCAACAUUGUAUACAAACUCACCCAUACAUUCAAACUACAAAAAUACACACAAAUACACCCCUUGAUUCAAACACCAACACCUCAUGCAAAGACACCCCUGCAUUGAAACACACUAUACACAAGUAUGCCCCUGCUUUCAAGGGGCAACAGUACAUACAAACAUACUACUGCAUUCAAAUGCUAACACUACAGACAAAUAGAUUACUACAUUCAAAACUCCAUACAUAACCAUGCUUACAAAAACAAAACCUGCAAGGAUGGUCAAAUGGUAGAUAAUUCCCAGCUAACAAAGUCCUUGGGAAAUGUAUGACAGAUGGGAAUAUACCUUUUGAUCACCAUUGCGCUGGGGGUGGUGUAUAGAAAAAAUUAUUGCAUAAGGGUCCUCUCUAUAUUAGUUCCACUGGGUUGAGUAUCACUGAUUUUGAUUAAUGUGGACGAUAUUUGUUUUUUAAAGAUCUGUAAAUUGUGGUUGAGUUAAUGCAAAAUUUCAAAAAUAGUGGUGGAGUUUAUACAAAAAAAAGGAAGAUUAAGUUUUCUAUAGUAGGUAUAUGUUGAGUGCAUUUCUAGGGUUUUUUGUGGCUAGAAAUGGGUGACAAUGAUAGUAUAUCUCAGCUGGAAUGUUGUGAGUGUUUUUUUGUGUGUGUCUGUGUGGUAUUUUUUCUUUCUUUCUUGUUUAUAAAGCCAUUGAGGGGUACGGUGGAUCUGAUGAUGCAUAGUUGGAUGUAUGAUAGAAAUGUCAAGUAAAAUUGUUACAAUGAAUGUCAACGGUCUAAAUACCCCUCAAAGAGAGGUUGUCUUUUGACAGAGCAUAAAAUUCAUGUUGCCAUGAUACAGGAAACCCACUGGGUUCUUUAGGGGGGAAAAUUCUGGAAGUUUAACAAAUACCCUAAUGUUUAUUCAGCCAAUCUAGUUGGACAAAAAAAAAAAAGAGUGGUGGCUAUUGUGGUUUCAGAUAAAGUUAAAGUGGAGGUGGUCCAUAAAGUCCUAGACAACAGUGUUUUUUUUCAUAUUUUAAUUGUUAAAUUAAGUGAUAUCCUAUACACACUAGUGAAUAUUUAUGCCCCAAAUAAAUCACUGCUGAAAUUUCUGAAAAAAACUUACAAGAUAAAGUGGAAUCUAUACAUUGUGGUAGAUUGAUUAUUGGCGGCGAUAUUAACUGUGUAGUCAAUACUAGGUUAGCUAGAGAUAGCAAACGAAUCAUAAUGAUCAUGAAUACACUUUUUCUCCUGUACAUGAGUCUUACUCACGUAUAGAUCUUUUUCUGGCUACUUCAAAUGGUUUGAAAUUUACUCAAAAUAUAGAGAUCGGUAGUAUUACUUGGUCCGACCAUGCCCCAGUCUUUCUGGAGGUAUCAAAUAAUGUGAAUUAUAAGAGUAGAAAAAGAUGGUGUCUCAAUGAAAGUUUGUUGGCUUCUAAUCUCGAUUUGGACCACCCUAAGAGGAACUGAGAGAUUUAUUGAUGUUAACGAUAAUUGGUUUGUCUCAUUCCCUACACUAUGGUGUACCUUCAAGUGUUUUGUCUGUGGGUUAUUAAUUAGACUUGGCUCCCAAAAAAAGGAUAAGAAGAAAAGCACACUCUCUGACUUGCACAUUAAACUCUCUAAAUCAGAGAGAUUGAAUAUGUCUAGGAUUUGUUCUAUAAGUACUAGUGAGAUUGAUAGAAUUAAAAAAGACAUAACGGAAUAAAAUCCUUACUUCAGUCAAUAAAGCUAUCAUAGGCGUGUGCUGAGUACACCCUAAUCCCCACGGCACGCCUAUGUAUUGAGACCAGCAGGAGAGAUCUCCGGAUCUCCCCUGUCGGCUCAUGCAGAGCCGGCGCUAUCCGAGUGCUGGCUCUGCUCUCAGCCUCCCUCCCCACAGCAGCAUGGAGGGAGGCAGGAGAGGACCCGGGGAGCUCAACCAGCAGCUCCGUCGGGUUCCUCUCGUGAGGUCGGAGAGUUGCCGCGGCAAUGCUCAGAUCUCGCGAGAGUGAACUCUAGCCCCGCAGGCUAGAAUUCACUAUCCACUAGACCACCAGGGAUGGCAGCAGCAUGAUCCCCCCUCCCUACAUAAGGUAAUAAGGGAGGGGGGAUAUUAAGUAAUGUACCCCCACCUCCACCGCCCACAAUCACCCACACACAUACAGCACAAACACACAUACAGUACACACACACACACACACACAUACAGCACCCACAUAUACACAUACACACAGCACCCACACACACACAGCACCCUCACACAUACAGCACCCUCACACAUACAGCACCCUCACACACACAGCACACAAACAGCCCCCUCACAAACACACACACCCAGCACCCUCACACACACAGCACACUAACAGGACCCUAACAAACACACAGCACACAAACAGCACCCUCACACACACAUCACACUAACAGCAUCCUCACACACAGCACCCUUACAUACACAACACCCUCAAACCACCCUCACACAGCACACACACACACAGCAGUGUGUAUGUGUGUAUGUGUGUGUGUGUGUGUGUAUAUAUAUAUAUAUAUAUACACACACACACACACACAUACAUAUACACGCGGCGUGUGUGUGUGCUUUAGGGUGCACACCCUAAUGCAAUAGGCUGCGCACGCCUAUGAAAGCUAUCCUAUAUUUAAAACAAAGGUGGUAUCACAACAACAAUAAAGUUGGAAAAUUACUAUCAAAUAAAUUGAAAAGUGAAAAGAAACAAAAAGUUAUUAACAAACUUACAGUAAAUAAUAAAUAAUUUUAUUCCCCUAUGGAAAUUGCUGAAAUCUUUUGUAACUAUUAUAAGAAAUUUUAUAAUCUUAAAAAUAGAGUCUCCCAAAGAUAAUAUUAGAAACUAUUUGAAUAAUCUAGAAAUUUCUAAAUUUAAUAAAGAUCUUCACAGAUUAAAUGAACCUUACGUGGAUGAUGUCAUCCUUUCCAUGACGAAUACUUUCCAUUCCUUGCUAUCAACAAUCGAUUUUUUUUUUUUUUUUAGUAAACAUUCCAGUUGUAAAAUUAAUAUCAAUAAAUCUCAAAUUAUGACUAAAGGACUUUCUAAGGAAACCUUGGCUGAUCUAAAAACACACUUCCAAUUUGAUUUUAGUAAGCCCUAUAUUGACUAUCUUGGCAUUAAAAUUACUACAUAAUUAUAUUAUAUAUUUGACAUUAUUUAGACAUGUUUAAAACAGUCUCAAAUUAUCUUACCUCUCGUAAAGGAUUAGAAAUUUCAUGGCUUGGCCGUAUCAGUGGUUUAAAUGCCUAUGUACUCCGUAGAAUAUUAUAUCUAUUUAGAACUAUUCCUUAUUAUAAAAUGUUAGCCAAAUGCGCAAAGAUGUUUGGGGAAUAUGUUUGGAAUAUGUUUGGAUGGGUAAAAAACCCAGAAUAGCAUAUAAUAUCCUUAACAAAAAUAACCACAAUGCUAGCCCACUACUUUUUUUAUUUAAACUCAAAUUCACAAUUUACCGAUUGGUAUUUUAUUGAAAAAACAGAGAUGAGAUCAUAUAACAUACUUUAUACAUUUUGGACGAACCUUCCUUUGGUUAAACUGAAAAUUUCUCAGAACCCAAUCGUGAAAGAUAUAGCAGCUACAUUAAUAAAGUUAAAGAAAAGAUUUGGUUUAAUUAACAGUAUAUCUUUAGAAGCCCUAAUUGAGACGCUUCCCUAUGAUAUAGUUGAUUUAAAUAUUAUACAAUGGAAAUCCAGGGGUAUGCUUAGUAUAUCAGACGUAAUAGCUGAAAGGGCUGUAAUUCUCUUUUACAAUUACAAGGAAAUUUCCGCCUUCCUAAUAAUGAGGUUUUCUCUUACUUAAGAAUGAAAAAUUACUUGACGAGUAGGAGUAUUAUUCCAACUCAUUGUCUUAAUGACAUAUUUAAAAAUUCUAUUGUCAAAAAAAAGAAGUUAAUAUCUAAGAUUUUGAGAUGUUUUCAUUCAUAUUUCUGAAAUACCGGAGUGGAGAAGCAUAAGGCACCCCCCUCCAUAAUAAAAUGGGAAUCUGACUUAGACUCCCACUUUCCUUGGGAAGUAUGGCUGUUGGGGAUUAAAAGCCUCUCUCAAAAUAUUCAUUGUAUGCAGUGGCGUACACAUGACCCAUGGGGCCCCGGUGCGAAAAUUGAUCCAGGGCCCCCCCCCACGCUUAAUCGGCGCGGGUCGGGGCCGCGACACAUGGCGGCGGGCACCUGGUCGCAGGGCUGCGACCCUGCGACCGUGGUAUGCACACACACUUAAAGGACCACUACAGACACCCAGAUCACAUCAGCUCAAUGAAGUGGUCUGGGUGCCAGGUCCCUCUAGUUUUAACCCUGCAGCUGAAAACAUAGCCGUUUCAGAGACAGCUGCUAGAGGAGCUUCCGCGAUUCUCACUGUGAAAAUCACAGUGAGAAGACACUGAACGUCCAUAGGAAAGCAUUGAGUAAUGCUUUCCUAUGGGCGGUUUAAAUGCGCGCGGGUCUCUUGCCGCGCAUGUGCAUUCGGAGCUGAGAGGCGGACACUGGGGAGUCCGACGCUGGAGAAAGGUAAAUGCUGAAGACACACACACACUCUCACGAACAGACGCAUACACACUAGCUAAUAGACACACACAUUUACUGACAGAGACACACUCAGCGACAGACAUACAUACACACUCACUUACAAAACAUACACUUUCACUGACAAACACACACUAUCAGACAUCAAACACACUCAGUAACAGACACACACAGUAACACACUCACUAGUAGACACACACCCAAUAACAGACACACUCACUGACACACACUCACUGACACACACACAGACACACCACUAACACAUACACUAACACACACUAACACACACUAACACACACUAACACACACAUACACUAACACACACACACACACUAACACACACACACACACACUAACACACACACACACUAACACACACACACUAACACAUACACUAACACACAUACACUAACACACACAUACACUAACACACACAUACACUCAACACACACAUACACUAACACACAAACACACACAUACACUAACACACACACACUAACACACACUUUUUAAAAAAUUUAAUCCCCCCAGCCUCCUUACCUUUUGGAGUGCUGGGGGGAUUCCCUCGGGUCCAGUGGUGCUGCUGGGCUCCUGGUCACUGGGUGGGCGGGUUGUCUGGGCGGCCGGGCGCCGAGGGAGCACUUUACACUCUGUGCUUCCUUCAGCUCCUCGCUGUCGGAUGCCGGCGCCGGAAGAUGACGCCAUCUUCCGCCCGCAUCAGUGCGGUGCGAGGGAGCUGAAGAGGAAGCACUGAGUGCUCCCUCGCGCGCCUGCCCCACCGCCACCUGCCCCUGGUCAGCUGGGCCAGCCUCGGGGGGGGGGGGGCCUGAGGUGGCCGCCUCCUGGGCCCCCCAGGAGAAGAGGCUGGCCCUGUGGCUACAUACCGAGUGGGCCGGGCCCGGUCGCAGCUGCGACCCCUGUGACCCUGGUAUGUACGCCACUGAUUGUAUAUCUAUUUUAGAAUUACAUUACAAAAUCAUCUACAGAUGGUAUUUAGUUCCCACCAGACUCUAAAAAAUGUGUAAGCAACUCCUCUGAUAUGUGUUGGAGAUGCCAAGCGGAGAAAGGAAAUCUUUUACAUAUAUCGUGGGAAUGUGCUAGCUUAGACUCGCUUAAAUCUCAAAUAAAUUCAUGUUUUCUCUAUCUUUUUUUUAUAUACAAAACUUACCCCACAUAUGUUUUUGUGGAAUAUUGAUUAUCCAAAUUGUCAAAAAAGCUACGAUUAUCUAAUGUACAUACUGUCUGCAGCAAAAUUGGUGUUGGCACGCAAUUGGAAAUCACCCUUAUUAAGCUGGUCAAACAUAUGUAAUCAAAUCACAUACCAAUAUAAUAUAGAACUAAGUUUUUAUUUUGAGAGAGGCUCAAAUUUAAAGAAUGGUGGUACCCAUGAAAGAAAUAUUUGGACCAUGUAAAGUUGACAACAUACUGAUCGCUCUUAGAUGGAUCCACCCCCAACGGCUUCAAACCUAUUUAUUUAUUUCUUCUUUUAUUUUUUGCACUUUUUUCAUUUUGUUUCUGUACGACUGGUAUGUAAGAAUGAAUGUUUUUAUACUUGUAUACUCACGGUAUAAAUAAUAUAAACAAUUGCGCUUCUGAUAUUGUACUUUAUACCUUUAAAUUUGUCUAUUUGAAAUUUGUCUUUAGAAGAGCAAUCAUUAAGAAAUUGUUAAUGAUGAAAUUUUCAAUAAAAACGAGAAGGAAAAAAAAGUGCAAUUUGAAGGUUUGGAGUGAUGUGAUAACCUACUGUCCUAGAAACUAUUGGAAAGGCCUCAUGCAUCCAGGGUCGAAUCAAUAUUCAGUCCCACCAAUUGUAGGUGUUAUACGUAACAAUAAAACAAAAUAUUCUGACGACAGACUCCACAGCUUUAUUAAUCCAAUGUUUGCUAAUGGUCCAAGAGCUGAGGCUGGGGGCAGUUGUUUUGUGUGAUGUUGUAAUGUAGUGCAGGCAAGGCAGAUAUUGCUAAAAUGACUAGAUAUUUGACCUACAAAAUAUGUUUAUGAUUAAUAUUCACAUUGCACCAGUCCUGCAGUGUAUACCAAAGAUUAUCACUUAAAACACAAAAGGGGUUCAGGAGAAAAAAUUGAUCCAAUUUUUUUAUACAUAUUUUACGUUGUUGCUGCGUUAAGUAUCAUUAUCAGAUUAUAAAUGAGCGGUUACAUUGAAUUCUUAAUUAAUGUUAUAUUAACUAAUCUAGCUUAUUGCCUAUGCAAAGAAUUUGCAAGUGAAUAUGAGUACCAGGGCAGAAAGACUGUUACACGGUUACUACCUAGCAAGCCGAAGGGUACGAAGUGACAUACAUGGAUCUAAAAUAUCAACAUCUGCGCUAAGGCAUCUGUGAGUAUAAUAUACAGUUUAUGUAUUAAACAGAUGUAAUCUACUGCUACCCCAUCUUCCAAAUAGGUACCUUUCUAAAAUCAUAUGCUAAACAAAAGUCAAUUAUCAAAUGCUGAACAAAUUGCUUAAAAGGAACACUCCAACUACCAUAAACACUUCAGUGCACUCUCAAAGUAUAUAAUCAAACCAUUUAGUAAUGGUUCAACUUUUUACCUGACUUCCGGCCAGUCUCCUCUCUUUGCCAUUACUACAUGCCGCCUCUCAGUCGGAAGAUCUCAGCUCCAUAUCUCCCAACAUUGUUAUUCUGGAAACUGGGAUGGGGUGCGUUGCCAAUGAUGAGGACCGCGUCACUAGAGAUUACCACAAUAGGUCUUGUCCAAAAGGGGGCAGGUCAGCCCUAAAAAGGGUGGGCCUGCCACCUGACAGGCAGCCUAACUACUACCCAGCUAUGAGGACAAUGCAGGGAGCGUUACUGGAGCACUCCGUGAAUAAUCCUAGUCCCCGCUGCACAGCACAAGUGCGCGUGUGCUAUGCUGCUCCGAAGCAUUUCCCUGGGGUCUCCAGAUGCAGAACAACAGGGAACUGAAGCGGGAUGGUAGACAGCAUCCCAAAAUUGUGAUUGUCCAGCCAAAAGCGGGACAGUUGGGAGACAUGCAGCUCUGAACAACUUUCCAAGUCAAUGGUGUUCACAAUUUGGCUAUUUGAGUCUAAAAUUUAAAAUACAGAAAUUGUUUUAAAAUUAUGAUGGCAUUUUUAAGAAGCCACAUUCCCCAAAAUGACAUCAGAUUGCAUGCAAAUUAUAAGCAAAGUAAAAUUCUUUAGCAAUUGUGGUCAUCCCUAGUGUAUAUGACAAAAAUGGUAAUUCUACGUCUGAAGUAAAAUAUACUGUAUAAUCUCUAAAACAUUUUAUCCCUCCAUAGGCUUCUUUAAAAGAUGAAUGUAUAAAUAAAAAUAAAUUUUCAUAUUAUAAGUUUUCCCAUACAUGAAAUUACCGUUUUACCCCUUUUAAUGUACUUGCUAUGCAUAGGUUUAACAUACAUAUUCAGGGCCGCCAUCAGGGGGUGACAACCAUAACGGUUGUCACGGACCCGGUGACCCUGGGGGGCCCGGCCACCCGUGCCCCCCCUUUUGGGGCCCAUCGGGUGGCCCACACACUUAGGGCCACCUGAUGGGCUCUAUAUCUUCAGGGGCCCGGUCAGCGCUGUGGCCAUGGUAUAGCGCGACCGGGCCCCUUUAAAAAAAAAUAAAAGCAGCGGCAAGUGCUGCUAAGAGGAAGUGGUCACUUCCUCCCAGCUCACUCCGCGCGGGAGGAGCGUGCGUGCCAGUGAAGAGGGAGCCGCGCCGACUCCCAUCAGCCCCAGCCACCCUCCUGCAAUAAAAAGGUAAGAGACAGGAGGGUGGCUGGAAAAUGAGCUGUGUGUUUGUGUGUAUGUCUGUAUGCAUGUAUGUCUAUUCAUUUCUGUCUGUAUGUCUGUCUGUCUGUAUGCAUGUAUGUGUAUGUAUGUAUGUAUGUCUAUGUAUGUAUGUCUGUCUUUCUGUUUGUAUGUAUGUAUGUCUGUCUGUAUGUGUAUGUCUGUCUGCAUGUCUGUAUUCUUGUAUGUGUAUGUAUGUAUGUCUGUAUAUGUAUGUAUGCAUGAAUGUCUAUGUAUGUAUGUCUAUGUAUGUCUGUCUAUGCAUGCAUGUCUGUGUGUAUGUAUGUAUGUCUGUGCGUAUGUCUAUGUAUGUAUGUCUGUCUGACUGUAUGCAUGCAUGUAUGUCUAUGUAUGUCUGUCUGUAUGUAUGUCUGUGUAUGUAUGUAUGUAUGUAUGCAUGAAUGUCUAUGUAUGUCUGUCUAUGCAUGCAUGUCUGUGUGUAUGUAUGUAUGUCUGUGCGUAUGUCUAUGUAUGUAUGUCUGCAUGCAUGUAUGUCUAUGUAUGUCUGUCUGUAUGUCUGUCUGUCUGUAUGCAUGUAUGUGUAUGUCUGUCUGUCUGUAUGUCUCUGUCUGUCUUUCUGUAUGCAUGUAUGUCUGUGUAUGUAUGCCUGUCUGUAUAUGUAUGUAUGUAUGUAUGUAUGAAUGUCUAUGUAUGUAUGUAUGUAUGUCUGUCUGUGUGUAUGUCUGUAUGUAUGUAUGUCUGUCUGUGUGUAUGUCUAUGUAUGUAUGUCUGUCUGACUGUAUGCAUGCAUGUAUGACUAUGUAUGUCUGUCUUUAUGUAUGUCUGUGUAUGUAUGUAUGUCUAUGUCUGUAUGUAUGCAUGCAUGUCUGAAUGCAUGCAUGCAUUUCUGAAUGCAUGCAUGCAUGUCUGUAUGCAUGUAUGUCUAUGUAUGUAUAUAUGUAUGUCAUUAUAUAUGUAUGUCUGUAUGUCAGUAUGAAUGUAUGUCUGCAUAUCAUUAUGAACGUAUGUCUGUGUGUAUGUGUGUAUGGAUGUCUGUAUGCAUGUAUAUCUAUCAGUAUGUCUGUAUAUAUGCAUGUAUGUCAGUCUGAAUGUAUGUAUGUAUGUCUGUAUGCCAUUAUGAAUGUAUGUGUUUAUGGAUGUCAGUGUCUGUAUGUCUGAAUGUAUGUGUGUAUGUAUGUCAGUGUCUGUAUGUAUGUAUGUGUCUUUAUGUCCUCAUGCAUGUGUGUCUGUAUGUAUGUUAGUAUGUGUCUCUCUGUCACUAUGUAUGCCUGUGUGUAUGUCUCAGUAUGUGUGUGUCAGUAUGUAUGCCUGUUUGCGUGUAUGUCUGUUUCAGUAUGUGUGUCUGUUAGUAUGUAUCUGUGUCCUUUUGUAUCAGUGUGUGUGUUUGUGUCUGUGUGUGUAUUCCUGUGGGCGGUAUUUGGAGGCGGACCCAGUGGACGGUAUUUGGAGGCGGGGCCCAGACCCUGAGCUGAGUUAGGGGCCCCAAAAUUUCUGGUGGCGGCCCUGUACAUAUUACACUAUUUUUUUAACCAAAAUUCUGAGUUAUCCAUUUCUUUUUUUCAGAAAUAAGAAUUUGUGUGUUUUCAAGGCGCUUUCAGUUAAUAAUUGAAUAAAAUGACAGCAGCUACCACACAAAUAGGGACUCUCUACCCUAUAGAUUAGUACAAAAAAGAUUAGGUGUACACUCAGUAUUGGAAAUUAAUGAUAAAAACCACCACUGGUGUGCAUAUGGAGCGCUUACAAAUUUGUUGACUCACCCAUAUGGGUUAACAUACAUAUGUAUGGAAAACGUGACUCAUAGCGAUAUAUCUGAAACAAAUGUAAAUGCAAGAAAUAGUGCAGAUAACGUUUUCAAUAAGUGCAGUGAGGGAAUAUUCUAUAUGGUCUCACUCACAUGUAGCAGAGCCCUAUAGGAUAGGCUCAGAUCUCAAUGGCCUGCGUGUGCUUAUGGUGACACAGUACCCAAUCGGUCCUCUAGGCGUCUGGAGAUCCUUAUGCAUACAUGAGAGAGAGAGAGAGAACAAGGGGAAGAGGAGAACCCCUAGUGCGGUCAAUCCCAAUGUACAAUGUCAAAUAGUGCAGAAAAAGUGGCUUCUCACCUGAUGUGGAGCCCUAUACCUGGCUCCUGGUGUGUAGGUGUCUGUGCCUUUAAGGGGGCAACUACCCUUCUUUAAGCAGCAACAAUGGAGGGUGGAUUCCAAAUAUAAAACAAAAUUUAUUAAAUAAAGUAGUAAAAACUUACAAGUAAAAUAUAAACAAAAUUGUGAGAAAUUAUAAAAUGUGGAAUCUUCAAUCCUCCAGCCGAAACAUGUUUCACUGUACCCAGACAGCUUUUUCAAUCGGUAAUAUAGUUGCUGCUGUUACUUGUUUAAAUACUUUGUACUUCCUCCUGUGUGGUCCUUCAAACUUCCCUCCCUCCAAUCCGCUGGCGUCCUUUUUCAUGAACAGCUGUGUUGUGUUAGUAAUGAGAAUGCUCCGGUCUCGGAACAAGUCAUGUGACCCGAAGCAUCACGUGCCGCAUCACAAAUUGGGCGUGUUUUCAAUGUAGGGCUCACAGUUCCAUAUCGUCCAUUUUUAAGUUGGGCAAAAUGCCCUUCCUUCAACCAAGUCCGUUCCUAUUUACAAGCCAGAUGCUCAAUUUGAGCGAUAUAUAAACGAAAAAAUGAAGGGAGAAAGGGGGAUAGUAUUAUUGUAUAUUGCUUACAAGUUAAUUCAUAAAAUUUACAUAUCAAAAAAAAUAAAAACAUCUAUUGUUUUUCAUUCAAAGUGACAGUACAUGCAUAAAGAUAGGUGGUGAAUAGGAGUGUGCUCUUUUAGGAGAAAUGCUGAUUAUUAUUGAAUAGGUCUCAAUUGUGUCAGCAGCUUAUCUUCAAUGAUGAUAUCAAUAUUAAAAUAUAUAUAUAAAAAACAUAUAAAUAUAUAGUAGGUUCCUAGCUGGUCUCCCAUACAAGUACUAACCAGGCCUAAGCCUGGAUGGCUUCUGAGAUCUGACGAGAUCAGGCAUUUUCAGACUGGUAUGGCCAUAGAGCAAAUAUUUAAAAUGUAUGAAACAUACUAAUAAAAAAAUAAUAAUUUAAGUUAAAAAAUGGCAUAACUCAAAAUCAUCAUUGAGACCAUUAGGCUGCAUGGUAUUCAGGUUAAAAAUCCAUUGCAUCUCCCUUUGGCCUAAUUUUUUAAUAAAAUCUCCCCCUCUCCAAUCGGGUGAUACCCUCUGAAUUGCAUGGAAUUCUAACUGGGUGGGAUCGCUAUUAUGUUUAUUUUUAGAAUGUAAGGAGACACUGUGCUUUUCAUAGUUGUUCCUAAUAUUCCUAAUGUGUUCCUGUACUCUAAUGUGCAACUUUCUUUUGGUGCGCCCUACAUAUACAAGUCCACAUGGGCAUAUCAAGAGAUAAAUAACUCUCGUGGACUGACAAGUAAUUAGCUCGUUGAUCUUAAACAUUACUUUUUUAUUUUGAGGGUGUGAGAAUUCUUUUACUAGUCUCUUCUUACUUUUUGAGUUCUUGCACGCACCACAGUGUCCACAACCAUAAAACCCUUUUGUUUCGUUGAAAAAGUCCCUAUUACAUCUUUUUAGGGGUAUAUGGUUAGAUGUUAAAGUGUUUCUUAAAUUCUUUACUCCUCUAUAAACAAUCUUAGGCUUCUCCGGAAGAAUACUAUUAAGGAGGGGGUCAUUUCUUAAAAUUGGCCAAUACUUUGAAACUAUUUUUCUAAAUUCUUUACUUUUACAGUUAAAGUCACAUAUAAGUCCUAUUGUUUGUGGUUCAACUUUAUUUUUAGUGUUAUAUUUAAUUAGAUCUUUUCUGUCCUUUAUUUUGACUUCUUCAAGGGCUUUCCCCAACAAUGUCUCGUUAUAUCCCUUUUCUCUAAAAUCUUUCAGAAUUUUGUGGGAUUGUUCUUGGAAUUUACAUUCCUCCGUGCAAUUCCUCCUUAUCCUGAGCAGUUGCGCUUUGGGUGCAUUCAGCAACCAUGGGGAGAAAUGGCAGCUAUUCUCCCUAAUGUAGCUGUUAACAUCCACAGGUUUGAAAAAAGUACAUGUCUUCAAACAUGCAUCCUCAACAUAAAUUUGGAGGUCCAGAAAUUCCACUAGAAUCUUGCUAUAAUUCGAGACUAAUUUAAUUCCCCAAUCGUUAUUAUUCAGAUGGUCCAAAAAAGAUAUCAGGGAUGUCUCGUCCCCUUGCCAAAUGAAAAAUAUGUCGUCUAUGUAACGGCGAUAGGCAACGAGGUUCGUGCUCCAACUACCAUCUUGGUAAAUAAAUUCUUGUUCCCACAGCCUAAUGGUCUCAAUGAUGAUUUUGAGUUAUGCCAUUUUUUUUUUUACAACUUGAAGUUUAUUCGUGUUUUGGUUUAGUCAAUUACAUAUCACAAAACAGUAUGGGUGGGGUAAUUGGAUACAAAAGAUAAAGGGAGGGGUGCAGGGUACAAGUUGCAGGUUACAGCGGUUGGUUUGUUAGCUUUAUUACACAUUUUACACUUUUUACACUUUUUGAUGCGUCACAUAGUUCUACCCUUGUUUUGGUCUGUUUUAGUUUCGGGUACUAGAGUCCUUUUGGGUGAAGGUAUUUUGUUGCGUACCUGGCCAGAUUACUAAUUGUCUCGUUUCCCGGUGGCGUUUGUGCCUUGUUAUUAGGUUGCGGUUAUUCUUUUUUUUUUCCUCUCUUCCCCCCUCUCCUGUGAUUACAUGUUGAUGUUCGAUACUUCGCUAUGUAUCCUUUACUGUGUGGUGCGUUCAGCAUUCCCUGGCAUGGAUGAUUGGAAGGGGGACGGGGGGGGACGAGGGGGCUGGUGUUAUAUCUUGUUACUCGUUUGCGGGUUUUUUGCCUUUUUCCCACAUCUCGUGGGCUUCCCUUAUACACGGGCGGGUUCCGAAUUGUGUCGUUGCCAUUAACUCAUAAGACCAAUUAAGGUCCAUUUGCCUCAUCAACUCGGCUAUUGAUGGUGUUGUGGUUUGUUUCCAUAGCCUGGAUAUCAGCAAGUUCGCUGAUAUUAGUGUGUGGUAUAUAAUGAUUUUAAGAUGUUUUGGGAUGUUGGUUGGUAGCAUGAAUAAUAGGCAUUCUUGUGGUGUGUCUACCCUUAUAUUAUGCGUUAUGUCGUUCAGGAGUGUGGACACCGCUUCCCAAAAUGGGCUUAUUUUGUCACAGGACCACCAGAUGUGAAGCAUCGUGCCCACCUCCCCCCCGCACCUCCAGCACUUGUUACUUGUGUGCGGCCAUAUGGCAUGUAGUUUUGCGGGCACUAGGUACCAUCGGUACAUAAUUUUGCGUUGCAGUUCCAAAUGCGAUGCGCACGCUGUUAGUCCUCUGUGGACCGAGUAGGACCUCUCCCAGAUUUCCCUUGGGAAUGUCUGACCUAUUUCCCUGUGCCAGUCUCUCUUGAUCUGUUCUAGUGUAUGCGCUUGUGUUAGGGUUAACUUAUGGUAUCCCCAUGACAUUGAUUUCUUUAGUGGUGCUAUUCCUACACAUUGUUUUUCAAAAACCGUCAUGGUUGCUUCAUCUUCUAUACCCGGUUGUUUGCUUAGUUUGCCUGUUAUAUAUGAUUUAAGUUGCAGGUAGGAAAAUGCGAUUGUGGUGGGCAGUGUGUAUUCCGUUUGUAUAUCUGGUAGUGUUUUCAGUUUGCCUCUGUCAAUGACCUGGUAUAUGUGGUGUAUUCCCCCUCUCUUCCAGGUGUCUUCACGGAAUGUAGGUAUUUCCAUGCCUAUUGUUUGUAUUGGUGUGGCCAGGGGUAAUUUGGGGUUGGACACCAAAUUGUUUCUCAUUGUGUUCCAUACCCUCAUCAAGUUCUGUGUGCUGGGUAGCAGGUUUUCUCUUAUGUGUUUGGGGCACUUCUGUAGCCAUAGUAUCGCCCUGAGGUUGUGUUGUGGGGCCCAGUGGGAUUCUAUUGCUACCCACUGCGGGGCUUGGGCCGGGCGGUUAAUUUGGGCUAUGUUGUGUAGAUAAGCUGCCCUACAGUACGUUGUUAGGUUUGGCAGACCCAGCCCACCUUUGCUCACUGUUUGGUGUAGUGUUCCUGCUGCUACUCGUACCUUUUUCCCUUCCCAGACGAAUGUGCUUAAUGAGUGUUGUACGCUUUUUAGAAACCGUUUCGGGACGGGUAUUUGUAGUGUUCUAAAUAGGUACUGGAUUUUAGGUAUGAGUGUCAUCUUUACCGCUGCUAUGCGGCCUGUCCACGAAAGAAAUUUACCUCUCCAUUUUUGUAUGGUGUCUAUGAUUUCUGUUUGUAUGCGCUCGUAGUUUAGUUUAAAAAGGUGUGCUGGGUUUUUGGAUAGCUUAAGUCCCAGAAACGUCAAGUAGUCAUUUCUCCAGUCCAGCGGGAAUGCCGUCUGUAACCUGCCCAAUAGGUCCGCGUUAAGUCCUAUCCCUAGAGCUUGCGUCUUGGUGAUAUUCAGCUUGUAGUACGAGACCUCCCCAUAUUCACGUAUUUGUGUCAUUAAAUUUGGCAGGGAUGUGAGGGGGUGUGUGAUCGUUACAAGGAUGUCGUCUGCAAAAAGGUUGAGUGUAUACUCUCUGUCUCCCAGGGUUAUACCCUUUAUGGACCGGUUUGCUCUUAUCGCUGCUGCCAGUGGCUCCAGCGCUAGGAUGUACAAUAGCGGGGAUAGGGGGCAGCCCUGUCGAGAGCCAUUGGUUAUUGUGAUGUGUUUAGAUAUAAACCCUGCAUUGAGUACUCUAGCUGUGGGGUGGGAGUACAAUGCCUGUACUGCCCUCAGGAAUCCCUGGGGGAACUUGUAUUUUUGGAGUACAGCUUGCAGGAAAGACCAGUUUAGACGGUCAAACGCCUUUUCCGCAUCCAGGGAUAGGAGGACCCCCCCCCCGGCUACGGAGUAAGCACUGCAUUAGGUCCACUACUUUUCUUGUAUUGUCCGACCCUUGUCGCCCAGUGGUGAAGCCCACUUGAUCGUCAUGUAUUAAUGUGGGGAUGAUGUGGGUCAGUCUAGUGGCUAGGAUUUUAGCAUAUAGUUUAGUGUCAGUGUUGAGCAAUGAAAUUGGUCUAAAGUUUUGACUGCAGGUGGGGGGUUUUCCUGGUUUGGGUAGAGUGACUAUGUGGGCCCCCAGCAUUUCCGCAGGUGCCUCUCCUUUUUGGGUUGCUGCGUUAAACAGGUGUGCCAGGUGUGGCGCUAGUAUUCCCGCAUAUUUCUUAUAAUAUGUGUUCGUAAGACCGUCAGGGCCGGGUGCUUUCCCGGGGGGUAAGCGUGUGAUGGCUUGCAGGACUUCCGUUGUGGUGAUGGGGACUUGUAGGGAUUCUAUUUGCUCCUCCGAUAGAGAGGGUAGGGUUAUGUUGUCCAAGUAGCGCUCUAUGUGUCCAGGAGUUGGAUGUGUUGUGUUAGGGUCUUGCUUUAGAUUGUACAGUGUAGUGUAGUAUUCGGCAAAAAUGUCGCUUAUUUCUUUUGGUGUCACUUUUUUUUCCCCGUGUGAGUUCAGCAGGUAUGGGAUUUUUGCCUUUAUGCUUUGUUGUGUUAGUCGUCUGGCUAAAAGUUUGCUUGCCCUGUUCCCCUGUGUGUAUUGUGUUGCUUUGAGUUUCCUAAGGCUAAAUCCCAUCUUCGCCAGGUCAUGUGUCUUGAUUUCCUCUAACUUUUCUUGUAUUAGUGUUUUUAACAGCGGUGUUGGGGUCAAUUGGUUUUGCUUAUUAAGGCGGUAGAGGGCUGUCAAGUGUUCCUUUAGUUUUGCUUGUGAUUUCUGCUUUAACGCGCUGGUUUUCCCUAUGAUCAAUCCUCUGAUUACUGGUUUAUGUGCUAGCCAUAGGGUUUCAGGGGAGGUGUCUGGGUGUGUGUUCGUCUUAAAGUACUGCUUAAUCUCUUCGGCUAAUUGCUCGCCGAACUGCUCGUUGUGUAGUAUCGAUUCGUUGAGCCGCCAGGGGCUGCGAUGCUUAUAUUCAUAAGCGUCAUGUAGUUCUAAGGUGACAGGGGCAUGGUCUGACCACGUGAUGGUGCCUAUGGAGCAAUCCUUUAGUUGGUUGAGGAAUGUGCCUUUUAUGUAAAACCCAUCUAUGCGUGAGUAAGUGUUGUGCGCUUGGGAGAAGAAAGUGAAGUCUCUCUCCUCCGGGUGCAGCACUCUCCAUGCAUCAUACAAAUCGUGCGCACUCAUCAGUUGUGUUAGAGGUUUGCAUUCCGGCGUCAGUGUUGCCGCUCUAGGUGUGUGGGUUGGGACCGACGUGUCCCAUCGUGGGUCCAGAAUAUGAUUCAUGUCCCCACAUAUGAAAGUGAUUCCCCUUUGUAGGUGUGCUAGCUGUGUGAGCAAUUUAUGUAAGAAGUUUCUUUGGUUUGUGUUUGGUGCGUAUAUGUUGAUUAUCGUGUAUUCCGCGUUGUUAAUUUCGCAGACCAAUAUUAUGUAUCGCCCUUGAUUGUCUACGUGUUCAUAUAUCAGCUUAAAGGACACAUCCUUACUGAUUAGGACUGACACCCCCCUUGUUUUGGACGUAUAGGUGCUAUGGUACUGCAUGGGGAAGUAUGCCUGCGCUAUGGUCGUCGUCUGCUUGAGGUGAGUUUCUUGUAGGCAUACCACAUCUGGGCGUACUCUGCGCAGAUCCCAGACUAGGCAGUGUCUUUUGACUGGGAUGUUUAACCCUUUUACGUUAUGGCAAUAUAUUUUCAUGUUUUAUGGGGUAUAUUGCUGUUUGGCAAUGCGGACCUAUAUCUGGCUGGGUUCUCCCUGUAUUCCUUCCUACUCUCCCGUUAGCCCUGAGACUGUACUUUUGUGUCGUGUCUUUGCCGCCCCUGGUCCAAUCGGCCGACUGGGUUUCCUGCGGUUUCCCCUGCGUGCUUGUGUUCCCUCUUUGCUGCCCAUGCUCUUCAGCUUUGUUCAGUACCCUGGGUUUUAGUACCCUACUGGUGGGGGUGGGAUGGGUGGGGUGGGUUGGACGGUGAUGAACACUAACGUAACAGGUGUUCAUAACAAACAAAUGAAGCAUUACAUCAAUCAACAUAUAUACAAGAACAAUAACAAUUAUUUGCAUUUCCCAAUGUAGGAUUGGGCACCAGCUAAAUAGUGCCGUGUGUGGACGUGGUUGUCUUGUGUGUUUCUGUGGGUAAGGGUUUAUGUGUGAGCUUGCUGAGCCCGAUAUUUGCUGUCAUGUUUCUUUAGGAAGCUGUACUUUAACUGCCCUGGUGUAGGACCUGGUAAUGCCUAAUUAUGGUGUGCAUCAUAAUGGCAGUAUACUUCUCCUUUCGUGGAUUUUUUUUUUUUUUUUUUGCGCAACACAUUUGUGUCUCUUUCUUGUCCUGAGUGGUGUGCUUUGUAAUAUCUCUGCCCUCUCGGUGGGCAAAAGUGUUUUUUUUUUUUAAGAUUUUCCCCGUGUUUGUUCCCUGUCGCCUGUGUGUCUGUCGUGUGUGCGUGGGUAUCUAGCAUUGUGUAUACGACUCCGUGGUGUGGUGCAAUGUCUAUUAUACUUGCGGCCGAGUUGUUGCCCGUCCGUGGCCAGGACUGCGGACUGUUGUACUUCACAGUCUUUAUUGUAAUUGUUCAGUUCAUUUCUUGGUUCUUUUCCAUUCCGGGGAUAGCCUGGCUGGUGCGGCCAUAUUCUUCCCCACCGGGUUCACUGGGAUGUUCCAGUUGCGCAGGAUUCUCCGUCCCUCUUCAGGUGUGUUGGCUGCCGUCACCGUACCAUUUCUCCGUAUCAGCAGACGGAUCGGAUAUCCCCAUCUGUAUUGGACGUUGUUCUGGCGCAGUGCUUCCGUGACGUCUUUAAAUUCUUUUCUCUUUUGCAGCGUGGCUGCUGACAGGUCUGUGAAGAGUUUGAUGUUUUUGUAUUUCUGUGGCAGAUCACGACCCCCUCUCGUAGCUUGGAGUAGUGCCUCCUUCACGUGGAAAUAGUGUAGGUGUGUGAGCACAUCCCUAGGGGUGUCUUGUGGUAGGAACGUUGGCUUCUGUACUCUGUGGUAUCUGUCUAGGAGCAGUACCUCAGCAGGUAAAUCUGGCGCCAGUUCUUUAAAAUAUCCGAUCAGGAAUGCAUGCAGGUCUGGCUGCUUCACCUCUUCUGGGAUACCCCGGAGCCGCAGGUUCUGGCGUCUAGAGCGGUCCUCCAGGUCCAUGACCUUGCGCUGUGUGUAUUCCAGUUGCUGUUGCAUAUGCUGCACUUGGUCUGCCACAUCAUUGUGUGCAGCAGUCUGAUCUUCCAUCUUUUGUUCCACGUGUGUCAUCCUGUCUCCCAGCUCCUGCACAUCUCUGCGGAGCUCUUUCAGAGUGCUCUGUAAGGAGGUUAGGAUUUUGGUGGACAUAUCCUCUAGGCAGUUUUGCAGAAAAUCUUGUGUGACCGGUAGAUUUUGCGGCCCAGGGGAGGACUGUAGUGGCACUGUGUCGUUCCCGCCGUCGCCAUCUUGGUCUCCGUCUGUGAGGCCUGCGGCUUUGGGCGUCGACGCUCUGGCUGCAAAAAAAACGGAACGGUCCGCUUUUUCGCCCUGCUUCUUCUUGGUUGUGUUAGCCAUGUUGCCAGGUCGCAGGUGGGUCUGUGGGAGCUGAUUAAUGCUUUUAUCUUUGCUUUGUCGGGCCAGCGUUAUGCGGAGCUCAGAUCCGAGCGACCAUCCGCAUUGCUCGUUAGGCCACGCCCGAGUUAUGCCAUUUUUUAACUUAAAUUAUUUUUUUAUUUUUUUAUUAGUAUGUUUCAUACAUUUUAAAUAUUUGCUCUAUGGCCAUACCAGUCUGAAAAUGCCUGAUCUCGUCAGAUCUCAGAAGCCAUCCAGGCUUAGGCCUGGCUAGUACUUGUAUGGGAGACCAGCUAGGAACCUACUAUAUAUUUAUAUGUUUUUUAUAUAUAUAUUUUAAUAUUGAUAUCAUCAUUGAAGAUAAGCUGCUGACACAAUUGAGACCUAUUCAAUAAUAAUCAGCAUUUCUCCUAAAAGAGCACACUCCUAUUCACCACCUAUCUUUAUGCAUGUACUGUCACUUUGAAUGAAAAACAAUAGAUGUUUUUAUUUUUUUUGAUAUGUAAAUUUUAUGAAUUAACUUGUAAGCAAUAUACAAUAAUACUAUCCCCCUUUCUCCCUUCAUUUUUUCGUUUAUAUAUCGCUCAAAUUGAGCAUCUGGCUUGUAAAUAGGAACGGACUUGGUUGAAGGAAGGGCAUUUUGCCCAACUUAAAAAUGGACGAUAUGGAACUGUGAGCCCUACAUUGAAAACACGCCCAAUUUGUGAUGCGGCACGUGAUGCUUCGGGUCACAUGACUUGUUCCGAGACCGGAGCAUUCUCAUUACUAACACAACACAGCUGUUCAUGAAAAAGGACGCCAGCGGAUUGGAGGGAGGGAAGUUUGAAGGACCACACAGGAGGAAGUACAAAGUAUUUAAACAAGUAACAGCAGCAACUAUAUUACCGAUUGAAAAAGCUGUCUGGGUACAGUGAAACAUGUUUCGGCUGGAGGAUUGAAGAUUCCACAUUUUAUAAUUUCUCACAAUUUUGUUUAUAUUUUACUUGUAAGUUUUUACUACUUUAUUUAAUAAAUUUUGUUUUAUAUUUGGAAUCCACCCUCCAUUGUUGCUGCUUAAAGAAGGGUAGUUGCCCCCUUAAAGGCACAGACACCUACACACCAGGAGCCAGGUAUAGGGCUCCACAUCAGGUGAGAAGCCACUUUUUCUGUACUAUUUGACAUUGUACAUUGGGAUUGACCGCACUAGGGGUUCUCCUCUUCCCCUUGUUCUCUCUCUCUCUCUCAUGUAUGCAUAAGGAUCUCCAGACGCCUAGAGGACCGAUUGGGUACUGUGUCACCAUAAGCACACGCAGGCCAUUGAGAUCUGAGCCUAUCCUAUAGGGCUCUGCUACAUGUGAGUGAGACCAUAUAGAAUAUUCCCUCACUGCACUUAUUGAAAACGUUAUCUGCACUAUUUCUUGCAUUUACAUUUGUUUCAGAUAUAUCGCUAUGAGUCACGUUUUCCAUACAUAUGUAUGUUAACCCAUAUGGGUGAGUCAACAAAUUUGUAAGCGCUCCAUAUGCACACCAGUGGUGGUUUUUAUCAUUAAUUUCCAAUACUGAGUGUACACCUAACCAUUUCUUUUUUUGUCUAUUGUUAUAUAGUUUACCAGACAAUUAGGUUAACCUAUCAUUCUAGAUCUACAAAUGACUUUACUGAUAGCAUAUAAAAUUGUUUUGUUUCAGAUAUCAAGUAAAAAAAUAAAUUGUUGGAUAUUAUUGGUUGAAUAACACUUAGUCUCCAUAUCUCAUUAGGUGUUCCAUGGCAGAAGCACAUGCAAAACUCAGUCUUAAAAACAAUGUCACAGAGGCAGAUGUUCUGAUUGCCGUUUUGUUGUUUGAAAUUUCACUUACUUUGAAACAUGGUAAUAUUUCACUUGAAAAUGUUAUACUUUUGAUUUUUUUACACACAUCUAUGAAUCAGUACAACACUGGAAGUAUUACAUAUAUUCCAUAUUUGAUCAAUGUUAUGGGGAUUAAUAAGUACAGACAUUAGAGACAGUUGGUAUUUGUUAUACAAGACCUGACAAGAAUAAUUAGCUGUAAAUGUAAUAUAAAAAUAACACAAAUAGAAGAUGUUAAAGCAGUAAGGUUAUGGUUUUGUAGCUGUUUUGCCUGAACUGUACAAAUUAGGUGAAUAAAUUAUUCUUGAAUUUCUUGGGUUUACAAAUUAAGGGACACAAGAUGACAAAAUCCCUUGUGCAGGGACCCCCCAUUGUUUGGGUUGUAUCCAUAGCACAUUUAACUAAGGUCAUAUCUUUAGCCAAAUGCUGAAUUCAAGAAUAGUUUUACACGUAUGCUAAACCAUCACAAUUAAAUAAGCUUAAUAUCGGUUUAAAAUGUAAUUAACAAUACCAAAAUAUCAUAUGACGUUUCUCGUCUUUGGGGAUGUUAAUAUGGUCUCAUUCUUUCCAUGUUCUGUUUGUCCUUGCUGAUAAGCCAGUUCCAUAACAUGGCAGAAUUAACCCGUGGGUUAGCCCCUCCCCUCACAGCAGAAAGGACAGGAAAUAGAACUCGGAAAUUGGUAUAUAUAGAUCCACCCAAUUUUCCCUGUUGUUAACAGAAGUUUGGAAGGAGUCUGCUUUAGCAGGCCUAGAUUUUUCUUUUAUGCUUACUAGACCAAUAUUUAUAUAAACACAGCCAAGGUUGAGCCUCUUGCCCCUGAAGACCCAGCAAACAGCACAUAUACAAGAAUUGCCUCCCUGGGUACCCCCUUUAGUGACUGCUGUUCUGACCUAACUCUCUCACUGUAGGUGACAGUGGUCCAUUAGAUACAUAAGGCCCACCAGCCUAAUAUAAAUUAAAGGGACACUGUACUCACUAUAACCAUUUCAUCUCUUUGAAUUGGUUACAGUGCCUGAAGUGCCCUGGCACUGUCCCUCCAUUCAGUGUUGCAACAUGUUCGUGCAGUAUGUCACAAAAUAAGAGUCCCUGGCCACCCACAGUCCAGCUCCUUCUGUAUGUGUAGCUAAGGCUUCCACACUUCCUUGUUGUCAUACCCAUUCAUACCGUCAGUUGGAGCUCUGACAGGCUAAAAGCAGUCAGCUGACACUCUCAGCCAAUCACAGCUGCCUAUUGCUGCUCAGGCUAACACUUCCUUAUUAGCCAAAGCAGCACAGAGGGGAUGGACUGACAGGGACUUGUUUAGCAUUAACACAUUAAAACAUUAAAAACUGUUUAAUGCUGAAAGAAAUGAUGGUACCAGGGGACUCCAGACACUAUAACCAGUUUAAUGAGAUGAAGCAGAUUCAGUGCCUACGGUGUCCCAUUUAUCUACCUCAGUACCAUUUAUCUACCUCAGUACAUCUGCUUACCACCCACUACAGCUCCUAAUCCUCCAACUACAGCUCCAUCCCCCUGUACUUCAGCCUCUAACCCCCCACAACUGCCCUUAAACCCCAAGUACUACUGUUAACCCUCCAAUACUGCCCCUAUCCACCACUACUGCCACAUUGUUGCUCCUAAACCCCCACUACUGCCCCUAACCCCCAACUACAGUUCAAUUCCCCCACAGCAGCUCCUAACCCCGACUACAGCCCCUCUAGUGUCUUUGAUCACCACUACAGCUCCUAACCCUUCACUACUUAUUUGCCUGGAGUGUUCCUUUAAGUGAUCUACCAGUGUCCCUCCUGAGAUUAGCUUCUGGAUAUUCCCCUGCAGCUUCAGGAUAUGUGAUUAAUUAAAUCUCUGUGUAUGAGGUGAUCAGUAUAUCUGACUGAUAUAUUGUUAGUAUAUUUACUGGUGUGGAGACACAGCCUCACAGUACACAACUAUAUAUAAGUAUACAACUGUAUGCAACCAUACAACUGUAUAGUUUCUGUAUGAUGUACUGUUAAGACACAGCCUCUGUAUAUGUGACUAAUAUCUCUUACAUGAGCUGUAUAUUAGAAUCUUUGUGUGCAAGUUAACGUUAAUACAUAACCCCAUUAUAUGUGAAAACCCCAGUUUGAAGCGCUUCCAAUUUUGCAACAAACUAGGAAAAGAAUCCUUCUUGACCCCAAAAUGGCAGUCAGAUAUCUCCUUGGAUCAAGCAGCUAUUACCCCACUAAUUAGAAAUUAUAUUCCUGUGUGUUAUGUUUUUACAAGUAUUUAUCUAAUUGCUGUUUAAACAUAUGCAUGGACUCUGAUAAAUAUAUGAGCUGAGGUUAAAGGAACACUAUAGUAUUAGGAAUACAAACCUGUAUUCCUAACGCUAUAGUGCCCUUGCCCCUUCCUUUUCCGCCCACCCCCCCGUCCCUCCCCCCGCUGCCCAUAUGCAAUAACAACUGAUAAAAUAAAAGAGUAAUUCACUUUUUUCAAGUGCAGAGGCUCCAUCGAUGCUGCUCGCCUCUCUGCCAACUGCAACGUCAUGGCCACCUUCAGGCAUGGUCUAAUCCAAUGCUCCUUGUAGAGGAGCACUGGCGACCUGAUGCGCAUGUGUGGCAAGUGCUUCAUGCACAUCCAAGCUUUCCCAUAGGAAAACUUUGUAUUUACGCAAUGGCCGAGCCUCUAGAUGCUUGGCUGUAAAGAUUUAACCAUACAAUGUAAAUAUUGCAUUUUCGUAAAAAAUUUAACAAAAUGCAAUGUUUUACAAUAAAACUGUUACCUGUAAAACAAAAGUAUUAUACUUACCAUAAGCUAUUGCUGCUCAAUCGUUUGAAAAGCCUCAUCAGCAACAUUUUGAAUUUCAGACAAUCAUUAAUCUCUAUGAAAAAAAAUUCAAAAUGAAAGCAAAUGCUGCUACUAAAAGUAACAUUUGCUUCAUUUUCAGUAAAAAAAUAAAUAAAAAGAAAUAUAUGCCUAAUAUAAGUUGUACAAGGAAGGUUUUAACCUCCCCCAUGCCCACACUCGCAAUGCCCAGAGUGGAGCAUCCCUUCUUAAAGAGAUGCUCCACUGCACAAAUACAAAUAAAUAAAAAUCCUUGUUAAGUAGAUAUAUCCCCAAUAAAAAAUCUAAACUUGCAUGUAUUUAAUUAUGCUUUCUUUCAUUGGGGGUAUAUCUAAAACAGUUUGCAAAACCUGAAGUUCUUUUGUCUGCUGCCUUCUAACCUCGCCCAGAGUUUCUGUGGCUGUCCAAUGCAGCUCAAUGAGAAGUCUUUGCCAGGCAGAUGCUCUGGGCAAUUGCUGCCACUUGAGUUUAGCUUCAAUGAGCUAACCAAACCAGGAAGUAAUAGGACCUGUUGUCUGCUAGAAAUUCAGGGGGUGUAACUAGGUUAAUUUAUAAAAGUGUCAACUUCUAUUAAAUUUUGCACUUUUGCAAAAUGAAAAAAAAAAACCUCUUCACACAAAGCUUUUCAGCAAGCUAAAGUGCUUUAGAGGUCUGGAGUGUCCUUUUAAUAACAAAUUGGAGACUGGGUUAUAUAAUGCUGCUAGUAACAUACAGGCAGGACCUGGACAGGUCUCCCCUGUGGCCUCAAAUGCAAGAACAAGGGAUGGACAAUGAUCUGUCCAACACCUAUGGCCCUACAAUGGGUCCCUAUUAAUUUAUUAAUAGUGCAGGGGGACAUUAUGUACCCCCCUGUGUCCCUAACCAUGGUCAGUGGUGGGGUUUAUAAUUAAUAUAAUGGUGGGGACUUAAUGUUUUCCUCUACCCCCAUCCCUGGGUGGCAGGUGGGGGCUAAUUACCAUAUUUUUCCAUGUAUAAGACUAUCCCAUGCAUAAGACAACCCCUAUUUUUUUAGCCCUAAAUUAAGAAAUCAAUAUUUUUAACGUCAAAUAGAACACAUUUUACAAUUUAGAGGUGACUUCUGGAGAGAAAAACACUUUUCUGAUUCUCAUGCCUCCCCUAUGCUACGGUACUCUGUGAAGUUAAUGGUGCCAUCCAUCUACAGCUCCCACAAUACAGAAGAUGGUGUGAGGGCAUGCUGGGACAUCACAGUAGUAUUCCCUCUGCUCCCUGAUCCAAUUUCCUCCCCCAUGAAUAUAAAUCCGAAAGUAAGACCUACCUGAGGUGGAGCAUACUUUAAUAUGGCUAAUCCUUUUAAGGUGUGGCAUGUCUCUGGAGCUCCGUUGGUGGUGAGUGCUGAUGUCUGCUGCAGCUCCCACGCAUAUAGGGACCUCUUCCUUCUUGCCACAGCAUUCAGAAGGGGAUCGUGGGAGGUAGGCCAAGUAUGUGGGCCGUGGCACACUGAAAUGUGGCAGGCGCCAUCUUAACUUAGGCCCCGCUCACAAGUGGUUUUUUUUUAACCCCUGCAGUGACAUUCCAUGUGUAAGAUUACCCCAAUUUUAGACCAAAAAUAUUUAGAAAAAAACAUAGUCUUAUACAUGGAAAAACACAGUAAUUAAAAAACGGGGAGGACUUAAUGUCCCCAGUGGCUCCCACUCCUGGUCAGUUGGUCAAGGCUAUAAUACCUGCAAACAGAAAAAAAAAGUACCAUCAGAAGUCUUCAUUUUUGUAAAUCUUUUCUUCAGUGUUUGACAUGUUUUUAUUUUACAAAUUUGUUAUUUCAAAAGCAAAGGGCACAAAUGUUAAACAUUCCAUAGCAAUGCAAAUAUAACAUGGCAGAGGCACUUAACAGUGGGAUUUUGAUCUUAACUGCUUCCAAACGAAAAAAGGGAAAAAUUAGCCUAUAUAAUGUGUGUAGGAACUCUCAAAAAAUGGGGAUAACCCCUAAAUGGUGAAUUACAACAUGGCAAAAAGAGGGGGAUAGAAUAAAACAAAAACAAAGCAAAAAGGAGGUACAAAGAAAAUUCAUAGUGUAAGGAAAAUUCCCUAUAACCUUGCACAAGAAAAUAAAAAAAAUUAACCUUUAUUAAUAACCAUUAAGAAAAUAAAAAUUUAAUUUAAACCAAAUUUCCUGCAUUCAAAUACUUAUAUUAGAUGGCAGAUAUUGCUAAAGUCAAUUGCCUAUAAUCAAAUUCUACUUUUAGAUAGCAGGUAUUUCUUACUAGAAGGCUAAAGUUGCAAAUGUAUCAAAUUAUUAGAGUAGAAAAUAUCAACAUUGUGAAUGCUGUAACGAAAUAAUAGCAACGAAAGGGUAGAUGUAUCCAGCAGUAAGACCUCCAAGCAUGAAUACUAAAGGGAUCCUAUGGUGCCAGGAAAACAAAGCCGUUUUCCUGGCACUAUAGGGUUAAUGGGUCCCCCCUCCCUCGCGCCCUACAGUGGGGCUGAAGAGUUUCAAACCCCUUCAAUCACUAACCUGAAUCCAGCGCCGAUGUCCCUCUGCGCUGGGUCAGGCUCUGCCCACGUUCCUCCCCCGCUGACGUCAGCCAGAGGGGGAGGGUGAGGACGUCCAGCAUCAGAUAACAGACCAAAAGUCACUUUGAAUUCCGGAAGCGCCCCCGCGGCUGUAUGCUAGAGGCAGAGGAAGACAGCCACUGUGGGUAGACUUAGCGCUGCAAUGUAAACAUUGCAGUUUCUCUGGAUAUUGUAGCACUAAGUGCAAAAGGGUCACAGCACCCGGACCACUUCUAUUAGCUGAAGUGGUCUGGGUGCCUACAGUGUCCCUUAAUCUGCUAGGAUCGAGUGAAAACUCCAAAGGGCUACAAAAGUCAAAUAAAUUGAUAUAGGAUAUAAAGUGCAACAGACUAAAAAAAAUACUCUUUUUAUCCCCUUUUUGCUUUGGUUUUGUUUUAUCCUAUUUCCCCCCUCUUUUUUUGCCAUGUGGUAACUCUACCUCCAGUACAACAACAGUACCCAUUCACAGUGCAUUAAAACAAACAUUUUUCUUUAGCUCAUCUGAAGGUGUUCGUGAUUGCAUAUAUUAUUAUACAAACUGAAAUGAAAACCAACAAAAAAUGUGAAGCUAUUGUUGUAUAGCUAGCAAACUUUAUCCCACUGAAUAUAUGCAUGGUGGGCACUGAGCAUAGUUUUCAUCCAAAGUUAUCACACCAUCUAGCACAAGUUAACAUAAAACUGACAUUGAAUUGUCUGUUUGCCUUGUAGGCGGCUCUGUGUUUUCUGUAUCUCCCAAUGCUCUAUUUCCUACUGAACUCUAUGAUGAGAAAUGUUUACACCAGAGAGAUGUACACCUGAGAGAAUAUUACCAGCAGCUACUUACAUUCAUUGCUACAUAUGGGCCUGGAACAUCAUCUUCUAUCUUUGAAGAAUAA